GGAUGGCGGUGGGAGCUCAGCCAUUCAGUCAGUUAGUAUCGAACCGGCUUUCUACGACUGCGGAUUGGAAUCGCGGAGCGCCAGAACGCCUGAAUGCCUGAAUCGGCGGACAUAAUGUGAUAAAGUCGCCUGCCCACCAGGCAAAUGAAAAAAAGAACCCAACCAAACCCCAAAACUCAAUCCAAUUUGAAUCUUUGUUGUUCGGGGAGUAGUGAGAAUUGGACGAGUGUGUGCACAAAUCCAAAAUUUUUUACCUAACCGAGGCCCGUGAGAUAAUCUCAGGCUGGCUCAGGUCUCGACAUUAUAUUGUCUCGCCAUAAAACCCCAAAAAGCUGAAAGCUUCAGUGUUAAAUAUAAUCAAAGAGCAGCAGCGUGUUUCUGCUUUUAAACAAAUUAUAGUGGAAUUACGUGCCGAAAAAUAAACUGAAGGCCGUUCAAGGGUUGUUCGAAAAGGAAAAUUCGGCAGAAGCCUGGUGAAAAGUGUGUGUGUGUGUGUGUGUCAGCGGUGCGUGAGAAAAAUCAAUUCUGCAUUUGGGUGGAAAACGGGCGUGGAAAUCGGGCGUGCGAGAGGACAAAGGACGAACCGAACGGCAAACCCAUAACCGAUGACCAUUUGGCUUAACCAAGGGCAAUUAGCGAAACCAAUGCCAUCAUGGCUGAUAGCGGAGAUCCAGGAUCCAAGCCAGGGGAUCCAACAAUCAUAGAUGCCGGCGGAGGAGCCGAGGGUGGGCGUGGAGGUGGUGGCGAUGACGUACCACCUAUCCCAGCUGUUCGGCGGCGUCGUGCGCAUGAGCAGAAGUCCUCGACAGAACACGUGGAGGAGGAGGUGCAGGACCAACAGCUGGAGACGUCCACGGUGACGCGUACCUAUAUGAAAACCAUCACCACGUCCCUGACCACGUCGAGUAGCUCCAACCGGGAGGAGUUUGUGGUGGAGUCGCCCUCCCCCAACCAGCAGAGAUUGCGCCAGAAGGUGGCCCAGUACGAAAAGGUAUGGUCCGAUGGCUCCAGUCCUGUCAAGCGACCCGCCGAGCAGAGCUCCGAUGAGUUGCGCCAGGGCGACGACCAGGAGGACUACGAUGCCGAGAAUCCCUUCGACAUUGAUGUCCACGAGAUUGAGCGCCGGCUGCGACAGGAGAGGCAGCGGGGCUUGGCCGAGGCGGAGGCAGCCAAGCUGGCCUUCCAGCAAGUCCAGCUCCGGCACACGACUCCGCCGCGCCGCGUGGAAGUCACCAGCGAGCAGGUGGCCAGCCCGUUUAACGUUACUCUCCGCACCACGAGUCGCAUGAGUCCUGGCGCAGAGCAGGGCAACGUGGAGGAGCAACUGUCGCCGUUCAAUGUCACCCUGAGAACCACUCGCCGGACCAAGAAGAAGGACAUCAAGGAGGUGGAGCGAUUCCUCGAGGGCGAGAGAACUGUGAGAGAGGUACCCGCUGCCGACGGAGUGAGGACCAUCAUCACGUCCUCGAUGACCAGCGACGGGGGCUAUGCCGAGGAGAAGAUCUAUCGCCACGGCGAGGGCUAUGUCUCACCAAGAGAUUCGCCAUCCUGGUCCCGGUCAAGCUACUCCAGCGAGCGAUCCAGUGUUACUCCUCCGCGGAGUGUGGAUAUGACCGCCGGCGGCCGAAGGAUUCUCAUCAAUCUGGAAAAGGAAUCGGAACUGACCGAGGCAGACUACUAUCAGAGAGACGAAACCGACUCGUUUGGUCGCCAGGAGAUCCCCAUGGCAACCGGCAACAUUGACAUUACCGUGGGCGGUGGUAGCAACCCCCGCCGGCGUUUGUACCAGCAAACAACUGUCCAGGUGGGUGGCAACGCCACCGCAGAGUCGACGCCGCAAAGGCCCAGGCCCAAGGAACUGGCGCUGGGCACCACCACGAAGACCCUGCUAACAUCCACGCCGAUUGGCACGAAGGAGCAACCGCAAACGGACCCCAGAGCCAGAGCCGAGACCGGCACUCUGGUUAGUCCAGCUGCAACGUGCCAAUUGAGCGGUUCUUCGACGGAAGAGUCACGGAAAAUUGUAAGCCACAGAACGAUAACCAGCACCACGACCAGAUCCACUUCAUCCUCAUCCUCGACGUCGCGCAAACUAAUCGAAACGUCGCCGGGCGCCGGGAAUAUCUCGCAGAUACGUAUUGAAAAUAUCUCCGCGGCUGACAACGAAAACGAAACCGGCAUCGAUAACGAUUCAGAUACUGAGGGACGACCCGCUAGCAGUAUAGUGAUUGUGUCCACACCCACGCGACCCACCACCCCGGCCUCCGUAUCCGCAUCCGCUACCUCAUCCGUAUCCGCAAGCGCCUUCGUAUCCCCAUCCGCAUCAGCACCGGUAUCCGCGUCGCCCAGCACUUCGCACUCCGCAUCAGCUGCCCACGCCCUCAGCGGCGUUGGCACUUUCAGCAAGAGUCUGCGCCAGGAUUAUCAGACUCUGGCAACGCAAAGUGGCCGCAGCAACGAAUCCCCGAGUGACCAGGAAUACCAAGAAUUCCAGUCCACCAUGGCGUCUAUCAACUACGCCCGCAGCAAUUCCCAGUACGACAGCCAUAUCAAGGAGAAACGAGAGGAGCAAGAACGUGUGCAGAAGAAGACAUUCACUAAUUGGAUUAAUUCAUACCUAUCGAAGCGUGUUCCACCGCUUCGUAUCGAUGAUUUAAUCAAUGACUUGCGCGACGGAACAAAACUUAUUGCAUUGCUCGAAGUCCUGUCUGGAGAACGCCUGCCCGUGGAGAAGGGCCGCGUCCUGAGACGUCCACAUUUCCUCAGCAAUGCCAAUACGGCCCUGCAAUUUCUGGCCAGCAAACGGAUCAAGUUGGUCAAUAUUAAUCCCGCAGAUCUGGUGGAUGGGAGACCACCAGUUGUGCUGGGCUUGAUAUGGACGAUCAUCUUGUACUUCCAGCUUCGUAAAAAGAGGCGGAAAAACUUAGUAGUAGUUAUAAAUUAUACGCCACAGAUCGAGGAGAACAGCCGCAACCUAGAAUAUUUGGGUCAUGGUAUUGGCGGUUCGGUCAGUUCCCUCGACAGUGUUGGCAACCAAAAGCACGGCGACCUCAAGGCUGAGAAGUGGAAGCAGGGUGCCCGAAAGACCCUGCUCAAUUGGGUGACCAACGCUUUGCCAAAAGACAGUGGUGUGGAGGUGAAAGAUUUCGGCGCCAGCUGGAGAGAUGGCGUCGCUUUCCUCGCACUUAUCGAUGCCAUCAAGGCGAACCUGGUCAACUUGGCUGAGUUGAAGAAGACCAGCAACCGUCAGCGAUUGGAGACUGCUUUCGAUGUGGCCGAGAGCAAGCUGGGCAUUGCCAAGCUCCUAGACGCUGAGGAUGUGGACGUACCCAAGCCGGACGAGAAGAGUAUCAUGACAUAUGUGGCACAAUUCUUGCACAAGUACCCUGAACCAAAGGGUGCUUCACGCGAUCAGUCGCACGUGCAGCAGGAGCUGGACGAGCUGCGUCGCUUCCUGGUGGAGAAGACUACCGAGUACGAGCCCAUGGUCAUGAUGAGCUCGUUCCCGCGUGAUUUUGGUGAAUAUCUUCUGGCCCGUUCCGAGGUCGAUGCCCACUUGGCGGCGUACAACCGCCUGAAGCAGCUGAUCGAGAGCCAGAGUGGAUUCCUGCAGGUCUCUCGUCAGUCGUGGGAGGAAAUAAACGAACUGUGGCAGCGCCUCCAGUACCAGAUGAUGUACUGGCUUUGGCUGCUGGAUUCGGAGCUGCCCGGCGACUUCGGCACCGUUGGAAAAUGGCUGGCCGAAGCCGAGAAACUUUUGCUGGACAAUGAAAUACCCAAUGCUAUGAAUGAGGAGACGGCUGCUGUGAUUAGCCGGAAACUGGAGGAGCACAAGCUCUUCUUUGCCGAUCUGCCACGUAUCUUGGCCAUGUUCGACAAUGCCAAGCGAUCGCCCCUGGCUCAGCAGGUGCCACUGGAGCAGCUGCGCAACAUGGAGCGCCGCCUGCAGGAGGUUGGACCGAAGGCGGCGGAGCGCAGGAUCCGGUUGAAGUUCUUGGAGCACAAGUGCUGCCUGAUCGCGUUCCUCAAUCUGGUCGAGAACAAGAUGCGCGGCUGGACUGGCAAGUAUGGACACGAAGAGAAGGUGGCCCAGCAACUGGAGCAGUACCGGAACUUUGUGUCGCGCAACAAGAUCUUCCAGGAGUUCCAAAAGGCAUUCGUCGAUAUGCAACAGGUGGUCGAGGAGUACAAACGUGAGGGCAAUGUUCCACGCAAGGACAUCAACGACAUUGACCGCUUCAUGUACGACACGGAGGAGCGCUGGAAGCGCGUCUCCAUGGAACUGAAGUGCUGCCAAAACUCCCUCGAGGAGGUUGUGAACUGCUGGAGGACCUGGAAUCAGUUGGCUCCCACAUGCGAGGAGUGGCUGCUGCUGGCCGAACAGAAGCUGAAUCAGAGCGAGGACGAGCGUCUGGAAUUUUUCCAGGACAUACCCGCUUGGAAGGACAAGUUCGACGCCCUGGCUAAUUCGGCCAACUAUCUGAUUGCCUCCUGCGAGGAGCCCAUUGCCCAGCAGCUACGCCAACGGCACGGAGCCCUUGCCGAGCGCUUUGAGCGCUUGUUUGCCAAUACCAAGCAGUACAUGCAUGCCGGAGACAUUAUCCGAUCCCGCCAGGAAUACAAGUCGGGCAUCGAGCAGUUGUCGAGGUGGCUGCGAGGCGCUGAAAGUAUUUUGGAUCAGCGACAGGUGCUUGGCAACAGCGACCAGAUCAAAGAGUAUGGCCUACAGCUGCAGAAACUGGCCAGCGAGAUCGAUGACAACGAGGAACUGUUCAAGACCAUUAGCAGGAACUUCCAAUCCCUCAUCCAGGAUCUGUCUCGAGAUGAGGUCGAUAAGAUGAUGAAGCUGCUGAAGCAGGAGAAGGAGUCCCUCGUGCGCAUUCGCGCUCAGUUGCCGGCUAAGUUGCAUCUGUUCCACCAGCUGCAGAUUCAGCAGGAAUCGCUGGAAGCCGGACAGAAGGAAAUCCACCAAUGGUUGAGUGAGGCUGAGCAGCUUCUGGCAACGCACAAUCUCUCCGGAGGACGGGAUGCCAUCAAUGAGCAGCUACACAAGCACAAGACUUACUUCUCACGGACUGUCUACUACCGCUCCAUGCUGGAGAGCAAGAACAAGGUGUUCCAGAAUCUCCUCAAGGCAGUGGCCGCCGAUGACAAGAUCGACACGGCUCCAGCUUCGCAACAGAUGCAGCAGCUGAACGAUCGCUUCAACUAUGUGAUCCAGAGCGCCCAGCAAUGGGAGCAGCGGUUGGACUCCGCCGCCGGAGGAUGGAGCAACUUCAAGGAUAAUGAACGCGUCGUCAGCGAGUGGCUCACCCGGGCCGAAACAAUGCUGGUGGAGAAGCACAUCGAGUCAAAGACCACCAUCGAAACGCAGAAGUACUUCUUCGAGCAGGUCAACGACCGUUGGAUGAACGAUCUUGUUACAUCCGCCCAGCAACUGCUGACCACCUUGCCCGCCCAGGAGCAACCGGCGAUUGUCCAGAGCGUGGAGCAGCUGCAGUCUCGCUGGAAAAACGUUCUAUCCCAAGCACCUCUGCAUCUGCUGAAGUUGGAAUUCAGACUAGACGAGAAUGCUUUCUAUCAGUCCUUGAAGGACGUGGAUAAGGAGCUGCAACUGGAGCAGCAAGCCCUCAAUCGGAACGAGGAUGUAGACUCUAUACUGCAGCGCAACCAACAGUUCCUGAUGCAGCAGGACGCUGUUCCCCGCCUGGAGCGUUGCCUCCAAAACAUGCAACGUUUGGCCCAGGCCCACAGGCAGCAACAGCCCGGCGACAUCAGUCUGGACCAGGCCUACGAUAAUGCCAAGUCCCAGUGGGAGCUGCUAUCCAACAAACUGGGUGACAUGCGCCAGACUCUUCAGCAGAUCCCAGCCCAAUGGCAGGGCUAUCAUUUGAAGUUCAACGAGAUGGUCCAGUGGAUGAACGGCGUGGAUCAGAGCCUGAAGAAUAUCGUGAAUGAAGUAAACACCAUGGAAGAAUUCGAGAAGGAGAAGGUGGUCUUCCAGCUGAGGGAGCUAGUGAAAAUCUGCCAAGAUGCCGACAACAAGCGCGAGGAUAUGAAGUGGCUGGUAAAGACACUGGACUCGUUGCUCAGUUACGCCACCGAAGAUGAGGCCAAUCUGGAGCAGAAGAAGCUGGAGGACCUUAUUGCCCGCUACAAGAACCUUAUCCCUACCAUUGAAAUCACCAUGGUCAAGACGGAAGUUUUCUCCAAGUGCUACACCUACCGACGUGAAGUUCAUGAGGUUGUGUGCCUGCUGACCAAGGUCAAGGACCAGACGGCCAACAUUCCAGCGCCCGACAGCCUGGAGCGUGUGAACCGUUUGAUUGAGGAGCAGCAGUACGCCGUUAACCAACUGGAUCACCAGCGCCCCCACAUCAUGUCCAUGUUGCAGCGGGGCCGUGAUCUCAGUAAGGAUAUCCAUGCACCGGCGUUCGUCAAUGCCGAGGUCAAGAAUCUGGAGACCGGCUGGAACCAGGCGUACACCGAAACAUCCGAUAAGCUGCAGGCGCUCAAGGGCACCCAGGCUGUUUGGAGCGAUUUCGUUGACCAAAAGAACGACAUCUUCUCUAUGCUGCAAACAGCUGAGACCGAGCUGCGCGCCCUGACGCCACUGCAAACCGAUCCCAAGAACGUCAGCCAGGAUCUCAAGUCCAAGAGAGAUCUGAAUGUGCAACUGCAGCAAGCUUCACACCAACUGCUGCCCAAGUUGCACGCCCUGAAGUCUGAACUGGCUCCUCUGGCGGCCGCUGACAAGCGCCCAAUAUUGGAGAAGGAGGUCACCGAGGUGGAGAAGAUGUUCUUCAACACCAUGGAGCACGUGAAGGAUCGUGUAGGUUAUCUGGAAGAUUACAGUGCCAAGUGGAACAACUACAAAACGCGCCUCGCCGAGCUGCAAGAGUGGGCCAACAAGGUGGCCCCCAAAAACAUCGAAGCGUUGCAGUCGGAGGACCUCACCCCGGAGGAGCGCGUGGUCAAGGUGCAAGCCUUCAAGCGUAUCCUUGGCGACCGCAUGAAGCAGCUGGAUCUGUUGGCUGCCGAUGCUUCCGAAUUGGCGCCCAAGGAGGGAAACAUUGCCGAGGCCAAGCGACUGAAGGGCGAAAUCACCAAGCUGCAGGAAGUCCUCAGCGCCAUCAACCGCAACGUGGACCACCAGGCACAGGCCGUGCAGGAGGACCUCGUCAACUGGCAACAGUUCCAGGCCGGACUACAGCAAAUCAAGCCUGCCGUGGAGCAGAGCGAAGUCAAGGUAAAUAAUGUAGUUUCUAAGCCCAUUUCCCUCGAAGAAGCCGUUGCCAUGCAACAAAAUGCCCAACAAUUCGAGACACAAUGCCAGGAGCAGUUGGACAAGCUCCAUGGCAUAUCCAACAUCAGUCAUAAAAUGUUGUGUAAGACGAAUGCACCCGACGAGCUGGACGCCAUGCAUUCGCGCUGGACGGCAGUCCACGAGAAUGCCAAGCAGGCGAGUGCCAAGCUCGAGAAGUUGGUGGCCAAUUGGAAGUCGUUUGACGCCGAUGCCGCCAAGCUCGAAGAUUGGGUAGGUCAGGGAGAGCAGCUGAUGGCACGGCGUCCAGCCGCCCUCAACACCCCGCACAUCGAUAAGCUGGAGAAGGAGCUGGUCAAACUGAAGUCCUUCAACAACGAGAUUUCCCAGCAACAGGCCAAGCUCGUGACUCUUGGCCAGAAUGCCGAUCAGAUUAGUUUGCAUUUGGCUCCCGAAGGAGCAGCAGCUCUGAAGGAUCGGGUCAACCAAAUGAAGGGAAAGCUGCAGAAACUUUCAGAGGCCACUCGGGGCCACAUCAACGAGGUUUCGGACGCGAUCAUCUCUCGGCAGGACUUUAAUGCCAAGCUGGUGAACUUCUCAAACUGGAUGGAGCAGCUACGCAACCAGGUUUCCCAGGUGGAAGAAAUCAAUCCGGAGCGGGUGGAAACCAGUCUGCAUGUGAUCCAUGCCCUGUUGCAGGAGCAUGCUGACAAGAAGCCCAGUUUCAAUGCCAUCUAUGAUGAAGUGAAGCAACUCGCCCUGGGCGCCACGCCCGAGGAGUCCAAUGCCUUAAACGAUGCCUACACGGCUUUGGUAGUGAACUAUCAGAACCUGGAGACCAACAUGCUCCAGAAGAAGGGGGCCCUAGAGAAGUGGACCGAGUUGCUAGGCUGGAAGAAUGACACGGAAUCGCACUUGAAUUACCUUAAGCACCAGCUGGACAAACCAGAAGGACCAUCCGCCGAGGAGCUUGCCAAAGCCAUCGAUGAAAUCGGCCAUCUGGGUCAGGGUCUGAGCUACUGGAAGGGUCAGGCCAAGGAGAUUGAUGAGAAUCCCGCCAUCCAGCUGAGAGAUGCCUUAUCCCGUCGUCCGCUGAUUGCCACCCAGAUUGUAAACGAUGUGGAGAACAAGCUGGAGAACCUGAAGCUGCGAUCGCAAAACCAACAGCAGCAGCUCCAGCAGAUGACCGUGCGCAAGGACAAGUUCCAUGCCUUGGAACACAACUUUGGCAAGGCUCUGGAGGAGAAUCGCGCCAAGCUGGAUGAGAUUCUCAAGCAGCACCCUACGUUGAACAAUAUUGAUCAGAUUAUUGCCGACCUGGUGGCCCUGAAUGACGCCUUGAAAUAUCAGGCUGAUCUGAAGGAUCGUAUUCACGAUGAGGGCUCGCUGCUUAUGCGAGAGGACAUUGCCAGUAUGCCUGCCAUCCAAGAGAGCCUGCUGGUUCUGGACAAGAAUUACGAUUCACUUCAAAAUGAGAUUGCUGAUCGCAUACAGAAGUACAACUUAAUAAGCCAGGCUUUGAGGGAGUAUGCUGAUUCUAAGGACAAAUUCUCGAAGGAACUUAAGAAGGCGGAGGAUCUGUUCGGUGCCAUACCUCAGCAGCCACGCGAUGAAACCGAACUUCAGGUGGCUUCCGAGAAGACCAGAAAAACCAUGGAGCAGCUGCGCAAAUCAAAGAUCAAUUUGGAUGAGCUCGAACGUCGUGGCAACAAUGUUGCCAAGCUCUUUAGUGCCAUCGGAGAACCCAUUCCCCAGGAAGUGCCUCAGGAAGUGGCCGCUGCUAAGCAAAACUGGCAGGAUCUGCACGACAAGACCGCCAAAAAUGCCCAUGUUUAUGAAACGGAAGCCGUUAUUUGGUCGCAGAUCGAAGACGCCAAGAAGGAUUUGUUGCCGUGGUUGUCGGAGACCAAUCAAGGGCUUUGCGAUGCGGCUGACAAUACCAUUGAGAUCGAAUUUGGUCCAAUGCGCCUGAGCAAGUACCGAACUGAGCUGCCAUCCUACCAAGCGCUGAAGGAUACGAUUGCAGAGAAAACCAAUGAUCUGGUUAAGAUCAACAAUGGCGUUGAAAUUCCAGCGCUCACUGCUCUUAAUCAACUUCUGAACGAACAGUUCGCGGAAGUCAGUAAUAAUGCCGAUCGACUAAGUACUGUCACCACUUCGUUCAACGAUCAGGAACAAGAACUCCGAAAGCGAUCCAAGGAAGCUGGCGAGAAGGUGAAUAAACUCAGGGAACAGCUCAUCAAAUGCGACGACAUGUCCGGCGAUAACAAUAAAAUCAUGGAACGCCUGCUCCAAUGCCGUGCCCUCAGAGCCGAACUGGACAAGAGCGGCAGCGAAAUUGACAAUAUCAAGCAGAAGGUCGAUGAGCUCCGCAAUUUGUAUCCGACUUUCAGUGAGUCCAUCAUCCCCAAGGAACUGAACAACGUCCAGAAACGCUAUGAGAACGUCGAUCUGUAUGCCAAGAAGAUCGAGGGUUCGCUGCUGCAGUUCCUCAAGAAGUUCCACGCCGACAAAGUGGGCAUGCUGAAGCGCAUUAUUGCCACACAACGCGAAAAGGUGGCAUGGUGUCAGCCCGAAUCCACCAGUGACAAAUAUAACUUGGAUGUGAAAAAGUCCUCGUUGCAGGAAGUUAGCAAGAGCAUUGACGAUUGCAAGGCUCGUCAUGCCGAGACCUUGAAAUCCCUGGAGAUGCUCAAGGCCGUCGAAUCCCCACAAAAUCUGGCGGAACUUACCAGCGAUGCACAGCUCCUGAGCAACGACAUGAAGGCUCUGCAAGACAGCUUCGACAAAAUUAAGGGCAUCCUCGAUGAGAAUGUGGACUUGUGGUCCCAGUACGAGCAAUCCAACGAACAAAUAUCCAACUGGUUGCGAGAUGUCGAGGGCCGCGUUAAGGCCGAAACUAGUAGCCAAGUGAAUCUUCCUGAAGUGCCUCAGAAGCUCCAGGAGCUGGCUAUCCUCCAACAGGAUAUCCUUGCCCAUGAGCCCAUUAUUAACAAUCUUGAGGCAACUUCGCAGCAGUUGAUUGAGAAGAAUCCUGAAGCGAGAAUUGGACAGUUCGUCACCCAUCUGGUCCAGCGCUAUCAGGCAGUCUCCAAAGCUCUGGCUGGCUACAUCGACAAGAUCCGCACUGCCCAACUGUCGAACGCGAACUUUGCCAAGGCAGCCAAGGACUUCAACGAGUGGUUCGGUGAUGCCAAGAUCGAGUUCCAGGAAUUGGCCCGUAUGGGAUCUCCUGGAUCUUCAUCCGCCACAGCCCAGCAGUUGCAGACUGUGAAAAAUUACAUCAAGACUUUCGAUAACGGUCAGAUUUUACUGAACAACGCUGUGGACAUUGGAGAGGCUCUGUAUCCUGUAGUUUCUCCUGAAAAUCGUGAACGUAUCCGCGCUGAUCUUCGCCAGAUGCGCGAGAAGUUCGAUUACUUGAGGGACGAGGCCAACGCUUUUAUGCAGCAAGUGGAGGGCGUGUUGAUUCAGAAGACCUCCAUCGAGGAAAGCUACACCCAGGUCUCGCACUAUCUCAACGAAUCCAAGGCCAAGGUACCUGCUGGUGAUGAACUUUACCCAACACUGGCAACCAAGAAGGCCGCUCUUCAGAACUACAAGACGCAGCUGCAGGAAAUAAACCUCCACAAGAAUGCUCUUAAGCAGUUGCACGAUAAGGCAGUGACACUUUGUGACGACGAAUCUGAGCGAAAGACCGAUGAGUCCAUUCAAGAGUACAACAACUUGUCCAAGAAGAUUUCCGAAAGAAUCACCACUGUGGGCAAUCAUGUGGCCAAGCACGAGGCCUACGAUCAGGUCCUGGAAAAGGCACAGGACUGGCUGAAUACAAUCAAAUCCGAAGCCAUAGAUAUCCUGAACGAGACUACUUUCGAAAAGGAAGGUGCCGAGGAGAAGCUUAUUGUUGUGGAGAACCUUCUGCAGCACAAACCCGAGGGCGAUUCCAUUUUCGACACCUGCCAUAAGCUGUUGGAAACAGUUUUGACCCAAACUCAUCCAAGUGGUCAUCCAGCCCUGCUCAAGGGUUUCGAGGAGCCGCAGAAGGCAUGGGAGGACUUUAUGACUCUGUGCCAAGAUUCUCUAGUGAAACUAAAGCAGCUGUGCUCCAAAUGGGAUGAGUUCGAUUCGAUCAUCGAGGAGUUGGACAACUGGAUGAAGAAUGUAGAAUCAGUUGUAAAGAACCAGAACCUGAAGAGCACCGCCGAAGCCAAGAACGCCCAUCUGAAGCAGCUGCAAGAGAUUGCCAAGGAUAUUGAGCGUCGUGGUUCAUCAAUUAAUGAACUAAUGGACCAGGGGCGGGAAAUUGAGGGAGAAACCGACUUGAACCUGAAGCUUUCUCGUUUGAAUACCCGAUACCAGACUCUGAAGAACCUCUGCAAGGAGUCUGUUGCCAAGUAUGUGAACUAUGUGAAGGAUCACGAGAGCUUUGACCAUGACUUCGAGGCAUUCAAGCAGAACCUUCAAGCUUCAGUGAAUGAGUUGGCCAAGGCCAAUGACAUUGUCGGCGACCAGAAUGUGCUGCAGGAACAGCAAAAUAAACUGCGCGAGAUGUCCGACAAACGCAUCACGGACUCCACCCUCUUCGAGGGUCUCAUCGAUCGGGGCGAGAAGCUUUACGGGCACACCAGCCCGGAUGGUCGCGAGAUUAUCCGUCAGCAGCUACGCUCUCUAAGGACUUUGUGGGAUAAUUACACAGACGACCUUAACUCGGCCACACAGAAGAUCGACCAGUGCUUGUUGCAGUUCAACGAUUUCAGCAUUGCCCAGGAUCAGCUAACCAAAUGGCUCAAGGACGUGGAGAAGGCGAUGCAAAGCCACACUGAACCGAAGACCACGCUGCAGGAGAAGCGCGCCCAACUUCAAAAUCAUAAGUUGCUGCACCAAGAAAUCACCACUCACAAUGUGCUGGUGGACAAUGUCUGCGACAAGGCUCAGAUACUGGUGGACCAAAUCAAGGAUAACUCUUUGAAUGUCUAUCUAGCCUCGAUCAAACAAAUCUUCCAGAGCAUAGUCCAGAAGUCCGACGUUAUCCUGCACAAUUUGGAAGACUGUGCCCAGAAGCACAACGACCUGAACAACUCCUUGGCGUCGGCCAAGACUUGGAUCUCAAACGAAAAGGCCAAAUUGCUGGAAUGUGACGAUGCUUAUGGCGAAAAGGCGGACAUCAAGCGCAAAAUUGAAACCCUGGGUCAGUUGGCUCAAAACAAACCCCAAGCUCUUAAGUUGAUCGGUGAUAUUCGGGAUCAAUUUGAGAAAGUAAAGCCAACCACCUCUGAAAAGGGCAAUGAAGUUCUGGAGAAAGAAAUCGACGAGUUGGAGACGACCUUGAAGAGCCAUUUCGACGAUAUCGAGGGUAUUGAGGGCAAGCAGAAGGAUGUGCUGGCUCAGUGGGACAAGUUCGAGAAAGAUCUUGAGGAACUUACCAAGUGGUGCCGCAAUGCCGAGGCAGUUUUCCGCGAACAGCAACUCCAAUCCACGCUCCACGAAAAGGUCGAACAACUGGAUAAGUACAAAAUCCAAAGGGAUCUGAUUCUCCAGAAGGAAAAGGAAAUCGAUGCCUUCGGUGAUGCUGCCCAUUCCCUGCUUAACAACUGUGGAGCUGAUCGUUUGAAGACUUUGACCACUCAGAUCACCAAUCGGUAUCAGCUGCUGCAAGUCCUUAGCAAGGAAGUGGUCAAUCGCUGGUCCAAUCUCGUAGACGACCACCAGUUCUAUCAGGACAAGUACAACGAGGUGGACUUGUGGCUGCAGCCUAUUGAAUCGCAGCUGGAAAAAGCCCUUAAGGAUGAGCCCACCCAAAGUUCCAACAUCCUCCAGAUCCUUUUGUCUGAAAGAGAACAAGCUGAGAGCCUGUUUGCUGCUCUGAAUGCUGCGGGAGAAAAGGCUCUGCCAGAAACUUCCACCCAAGGCAGGGAAAAAAUCCGAAAGGACCUGCGUGAUAUUCGUGAUCGUUGGGACAAACUGGAUGAGGGCAUUCGCAAUCUGGAGAAACGCCAGGAGGCUCAGACCGUUCAGCUCUCAGGCUAUCAGGAUAUACUCAACCAAACGGUGAACUGGUUGGAUCAAGUUGAGAAACUAUUGCACAAUGAAAACCCUGCCAGCUGGACAAGCGCCCAAGAAAUUAGGUCGAAACUGUACAAAUACAAGGCUACGAAUCAGGACAUUAAUUCGCACAAGCGCAUCGUGGAGGCGGUCAACGAAAAGGCUGCGGCUCUCCUUGGAAGCGCGGCUCCUGCCAACGCUGACGAAAUUUCCAAGGCCGUCGCUGAUGUAAACAAGCGUUACGAGCAGGUGGGCCAGGAUUGCAGCAAAUUGGUAGCCGAUCUGGAUGGAGCAUUCGAUGUUUACCAGCAGUUCAGUGAGCUACAGAAAGCUCAGCAGGAUUACCAGAAGAAUCUCUGGGAUCGGCUUACCGGCUACUCCGAUUACUCUGGAAACAAGGCUGCCCUACAGGCACGUCUGCAGAAGAUCAACGAAAUUCAAGAAGCCCUGCCAGAUGGUGUUGCCAAGCUCACGUCUCUGGAAGAUCACAUUGAGCAGCAGGCCAAUAAUAUUCCCGCUCGAUCCAAGGAGGCCAUGGCCAGAGAUCUUGCCAACCUGCAUGCCGAUUUUGAGAAGUUUGGUGCCUCUCUGAGUGACGUGAAGAGUGGUCUCGAGAACCGUCUUCAGCAAUGGAACGACUAUGAGAUCAACUUGGACCGCCUGAUCAACUGGUUGGGUGAGGCGGAGAACGCCCUCAAGAACUACAACCUCAAAUCAUCGUUCGAAGAGAAGGAGGAACAACUGAACCGCUUCCAGUCCUUAGCCCUAAGCUUGCGCCAAAACGAAACUGAUUUCGAUCAGAUGAAGGAUGACACAUCGGAGCUGGUGCAAAGCUCAGGCGAAACUAGGAUUGCUGUUAACGUUCAACAGGUCUCCUCCAGAUUCCAGUCGAUUCAGGCCACCGCCAAGGAGAUUCUCAAGAAAUGCGAGCAGGCUGUUCAGGAUCAUGGCCACUUCAAUGACAAGUACAAGCAAUGCGCCGAUUGGCUGGCCAAUGCCCAGGCCCGCUACGAUGACUGCUGUGACUUGUCGUCGGUCGCUUCUCGAGAUGAUCUGCUGAAGAAGCAAGUGGUUAUCCAAGAACUUCUGGCACAGCAGCCCACGGCCACGCAGCUACUCAACAGCACUGUGGAGCUUGGCGAGAAAUGCUACGGAUCCACCGCGACCGAAGGACGUGAAGCCAUCCGUAGCCAGCUGGAUGAUCUGACUUUCGACCAGCUUUUCGAUAACAUUGCCAGUACUGCCAGGAAAAUUCAGGAUAAGAUUGCCAAGUGGUCUGGCUUCGAUGAGAUUGCCGACAACCUCAAGGCCUGGCUGGACGAAACCGAGAAUGCUCUCCCGGCUGAUAUUGAGCUGAAGACCACUCUCGAUGAGAAGCGAACCAAACUGCAAGCCUACCGUGACAUUCUCCUCGAUAUCAACAACCACCAGGUGGAGGUGGGCAACCUCCAAGAGAUUGCUGCCAACUUGCCGGAAAAGACAGAGCACGUGGAUAAUAUUCUCAAGGACAUUUCCGAUCGUUUUGGUAAAUUGCAAAAGCGCGCCCAGAACUACGUGGAACGCUAUGAGGGCAUUGUGAGCGCCCACCAGCAGUACUCCAAGGCUGUGAUGGAUGCCCAGGAGUAUAUCGAUGCCACCCUGAAUACUGUUCACUAUUGGGGCGACUUGGACCUGGAACAGAUCUCACUGCACACGAAUCUGGAUCGCCUAAAGAAUCUGAAGGCCAGCUUGGCCGAUGAGUUCCCACGAGUGGACCAAGUCAGAGCUUUGGGCGAGAAGGUUAUUCCUGGUACAGUGGAUGUGGGACAGGUGAAUAUCAAGUCGCAGAUCGAUACCACGCAGCAGGAAUGGGAGGGUCUGCUGGCCGCCAUCACUUCCACCAUUGAAGCCAUUGAGGCGCGUCUGCAACACUGGUCGGAGUACGAGCAAUUAAGGGAUCAGUGCCUGGCCUGGAUUCGGGACACAGACAACAACUUGCAUGCCAUCGACCUCAAGGAGGACUUACCCAAAAAGAGGGCCCAGCUGGAAGCCAUCAAGGCUUUGCAGGGCGAUGUGCGUGCCAAGGAGCUGGAGGUUGACAAUGUCACUGAAAAGGCUCAGACUUUGCUGAAGGGUCCUUCCAGCAGCCGUGCUUCAGGUCCCGAGUUGGUUACCAAAUAUCAGCAGAUCUUCCACAAGGUCAAGGAGCUAAACAAUCGCUGGCAGCAGUAUGUCACCACCCACGAAGAUUUCGACAAUUCCAUUUCCGACUGCUCUUCGUGGAUCAAUGACAUCAAGGAGAAACUGGACUACUGUUCGGACAUGUCCUCGAUGAGCCAAAAGGAGCUGGACAAAAAGCUUGCCACCAUCCAGGAUGUUAUCCUCCUCAAGGACGAAGGAUCUGCCCGCGUAUUGAAGAUAUUAGAGCAAGCUCAACAUGUCUUGGCCAACACAGCGCCCGCCGGCCACGAAGCCAUCAACAAGGAGCUUACUGAUCUGCAGGACCUCUGGUCGGGCAUCGCCUUGCGCAUCAUGGACGUUAAAUCCAACUUAGACGAUUCUAUUACCCAGUGGUCCGGAUUUCUGGACCAGGUACAGAACGUGCGGAAGUUCAAUGAAUGGCUCGAUGGUUUGCUGAAGGAAUUGGGCGAACAUCAGACCACGAUGACCGAGAAGCGUGCCCAGCUGGAUCGGGUUAAGUCCACAGAAGAGAAGGUGCGCGUUGAGAAAAUCGAUGUGGAUGCUCUAAAGAUCCAGGCCAAGGAAAUGAUCGCCAGCGGCCAGCAGAGUCAAGCCGCGUUCCAAGCCCAAAAGGUUCUGGAUACCUUCGAUGAACUGUUCGCCAAGACUCAGAAAUUGCUCUCGGAUCGCCAGGAUCAAUACAGGGAUCAUCGCUUGUUCAAGGAAGCCUACGAUGACUUGGUUGGUUGGAUUGGACGUGCCCGUGAGAAGUUCCCGGCUCUCAAGCAAAGCAGCUUGAGUGACAAGUUGGCGAUUGAAAAUGCUGUCCAGGCUACAGAGGCUCUUCUCAACAAGCAGGCCCAGGGAGAACUUCUAGUGGAGCAUCUGGUGCACACCGGUGAGGUUGUCCUGGCCAGCACUUCGACACAGGGUCAGGAGAUUAUUAGGAAUGAUAUCCGGGCUCUGCGCGACAGUUUCGAAAGUCUGUUCCGCGAAAUCAACCAACAGAAGGAGAACCUCGAGGUGACCAUGGUUCAGUGGCGUGCCUACAAGGAGGAGUACGAACGACUCAUGGAGUGGCUGCAGCAAAUCGAUAUCUUGGUGAAGAACCACAAACUGAACCUUUGCCCGAACCUGCCCGAGAAGGAGAAGCAGGUGGCCGACAUGAAAGAUGUGAUGUCGCGGCUUGAAAAGGGCAAGGACGACAUUGACAAAUUUAAUGCUUCCGCAGCCAGUCUCUUGAAAUCCCACCUAGACACAUAUGUAAACAACCAGCUUCGCCACCUGGGCUCUGUGUACCAGGUGCAGGUUAAUCUGGCCAAGGAUGUCCUCAAGAAAGUGGAAACCAACCGGGAUCAGCAUCGCGAGUACGACGCGAACAUGAAAUCUGCCAAGGACUGGAUCGCCAAUGCGAAGUCGAUCAUUCAAUCGGCCGGCGAGGGAGCGGGCUCCAAGGAAGCCCUCCAACGCCGUCUGGAGCAGAUCCAGGACCUGAUCCGUAACCGUGAACUGGGCCAGAAUCUGGUCCACACUGCUAUCAAUAACGGGGAGAAGAUUAUUCGCAACACUCGUUCCGACGGCCGCGAUGCCAUCAACAAUGAGAUGAAGGAGCUGCAGACCGAAUGGGAUCGCUUGGUGAAGAAGAUGUCCACCGCCAAGGUGCAGCUGGAGACGAAUCUCCUCCAGUGGGCCGACUACAGCUCCAGCUACUCGCAGCUGCAGCAAUGGAUUACCGAUCGGGAGGCCAAGUUGCAACAGGCUUGUGAGGCAAAGAUUGUCAAGUCCAAGCGCGGUCAACCUGGUCUCAGCAGUGGUCUGAGCGAACGCAAGGCUAAUCUACGCCAGACCAACAACAUUGUGCAGGAUAUCGUGUCCUUUGAGCCAAUGAUCCAGUCGGUCACAUCCAAGGCUUCCGAUCUGCAGCAAGGUGCUCCGGCCACGGAGAUCUCUGACAAGUAUGAGAACCUCACCAAGCAGGCCAAGGAUCUGUACGAGAAACAGAAGAACACCAUUGAAAGCUAUCAGUCUCUGAUCGAUGCGGGCAACGAGUUCGCCACCUGGCUGAGAAACGCCAAGGAGCGGUUGAGCAAGUGCUCUGAGCCUACCGGCGACAAACAGGCUCUGGCCGAGAAGACCCACCAACUGAAGAUCCUGCAGGGCGAGCUGCCUGAGGGUGCCCAGAAAUUGAAGAAUGCCCUGGAGCAGGGAGAGAUCGCCUGCCGCAGCGCCGAGCCCGAGGAUUGCGAGAUCAUCGAGCAAGAGGUUGCCCUGCUGCAAGAGGAGUUCGAUGCCUACGUGGAGGCUUUAAACAAGGCCAAGGAUUACCUGGAGGUGGGCAUUGUCAAGUGGUCUGACUACCAGGAUCAAUACACCGAAGCCUUGGAGUGGCUCAGCAAGACAGAGGCUUUGGUUCAGUCGUACAACAAGUUGCAGGAUAGUUUGACCCAGAAGAAGGUGGUGCUUGAAGAGUUCCAAGGACAUCUGCAAACCCUUUUCGAUUGGCAGAAGACUCUGGACGACCUGAAUAUGAAGGCCCAGGUUCUGCUGGAGACUUGUUCCGAUACAAGGAUCAGCAAUGCCAUUAUGCAGUUGACAACCAAAUACAAUGCCCUGCUGACCCUGGCCAAGGAAGUAAUGCGUCGCCUGGAGAUGCACUACCAGGAGCACCAGCAACACCACUCUCUGUACGAGGAGUGCCAGUCCUGGAUCGAAAAGACACGCGAGAAACUGGCAGAGUGCGAACAAAUCCCCGGAACUCUCAACGAAGUUCAAAUCAAACUGAACACCGUCAAGAAUCUGCGCCAAGGAUUCGAAACUGGACAGAACAAGCUGCGUUAUUUGCUGGAGCUCAAGGAGAAGGUGAUCAUGAAUACCGAACAGAAUGGAGCUGCCAAGAUCCAAGAGGAUACCGAAUCCCUGAAGGCGGACUUCGACAAACUGCUGGUGGACUUGAACGAUGUGCGCCAGAAGCUGGCUAAUCGUCUCGCCCAACUGGAAGAGAUCUUCAAACUGUACAAGAUCCUGGUGGAAUGGCUGGACGAUGUGGAGCCGAGUGUCAAGGCCAGUGAUGAGUUCCUGAACGAUUUGAGCGAGAAGCGCGCUGCCCUGGAGAAAUUCCGCGUAAUUCAGCGUGACAUCAACGGGCACAACGACAUUGUGGAGAAGAUCGACCAACGCCUGAAGGAGGAUAGUAGCCUGAACUUGAAUGACUUCCAGCCAGGUCUGGGCAAAUUCGAUGAGCUGCAGACCCAGGUGAACAAUAUCAUAGAGUCGCUGGAGAACCAGGUGAACAGCCACGAAAAGUACAAGCAGGCCUUCAAUGAGCUGCAGGAUUGGCUGCGCCGCACCCGCAUCGAGGUGGAACAGUGUUCCGACUGCCACGGCGAAAAGGAUCAGGUGGAGAAUCGUCUGAACCGAUUGGGCGACAUCCAGUCAUCUUCCCAGGAGGGCAAGAGCCUGCUAGAGGCGUGUGAGGAGCUGAGCCAAGCGGUGAUCGCCACCAGCGGCAAUGAGGGCCAGGAUACUGUGGCCCAGGAGAUUAAGCACCUCACUGGAGAAUGGGAGUCCUUGCAGGCUCUGGCCCGCGAUGCCCGCAGCAGCCUGGAAUCCUGCCUGGCAGCUUGGCAGACCUUCCUCCAAAAGUUCAACAAGAUUAACCUGUGGAUCGAGAAUAUGAGCAAACGCGUUGCCAAAUCCCAGGAAGGCGAGAACAAGACCCCCGAAGAUUUGGUCAAUGCCAAGAAACUCCUCGAGGAAGUGUUGGCCGAGAAGGAUAACGUGGAGGACCUGAACGAUAACUGCGAGCUGCUGAUGGAGCAGAGCGCCUGCACUCGUAUUCGGGAUCAGACCAUUGAAACCCAGGCCAACUACACUAAGCUACUGACAUCCGCCCAGGGUCUAGUGUCCAAAAUCGAAAAGAAUCUGUCGGAUCACACCGAGUUCCUCAACUACAAGAAGGAAAUGGAUGCCUGGAUAGAGAAGGCCCAGGAGGUUCUCAAUGAUUGCUCGACAGAUGGAGAUGCCGCUAUUAUUGCCCAAAAGCUGGACACCGUCAACUCCCUGGCUUCCCGUCUGCCCGAGGGUCAGCAUCUUCUGGCCCUGGUGCAGGAUGCUUACUCCAAGGCGUCAAACAUCACGCCCGAGGACAAGCAGGAGAAACUGCGCGAACUGAUGACAAAGGUGCGCGAGGACUGGGAUGCCUUGGGUCUGGCUGUCAAGGAGAAGCUGAGCGAUCUGAAGCAGGCACAGAACAGGUGGAACGACUUCGCUGCCAACAAGGAUAGGCUCGAGAAGUGGCUGAACGAGACGGAGAAGACACUAAAGGCUGCUCCGGAAACCAAGGGUGAGCUCAGCGAGAUGAAGACUCUGCUGGAGCGCUACAAGACACUGGCCAAUGAGCUGAAACAGAAGGGCAGCGAGCUGGAGCAGUUGCAGUCGGAAGCCCGAGACCUGGGAACCGAAGUGGAUGCAGUGAAUCGCUUGCAGUCCCGCUGUGACAAGCUCAAGACCGAUUGCUCGGCCCAUAUCAAGGAUCUGGAGCAGGAGAUACUCGACUACAAUGCCUACCACCAGAGCCUGCAGGACGUGGAGAAGUGGCUGUUGCAGGUCUCCUUCCAGCUGAUGGCCCACAACUCACUCUUCAUCUCGAACCGCGAGCAAACUCAGGAGCAGAUCAAGCAGCACGAGGCUCUGCUGAGCGAAAUUCAAAAGUACCAGACCAACUUGGACGACCUGAAUGCCAAGGGUCAGGCCCAGAUUAAGCGCUACGAGACCUCAACGCCGGCCAUUCGCCCCACUGUGGAGUCCCAGCUGAAGAACAUCCAGGACAGCUACAACUCCUUGCUCCAAACUUCAGUGCAGAUCAAGAACCGUCUGCUGGAGUCUCUGGCCAAGUUCCAGGAGUACGAGGACACCCUAGACAGCAUUAUGCGUAACCUGGAGGCCUAUGAGCCGAUUAUUCAAACCGAGCUGGACGCUCCGGCCACAAGCCUGGAGUUGGCUCAGAACCAGCUGAGAUGUGCCCAGGAGAUGCAAAAGAAACUUAACAACGAGAAAUCCCGUUUGGCGGCUGCCGUCCAAGCUUGUGAGGCAGCCACCGCCUCGAUCAGUCGUCCCAGCUCCCCGCUGGAAACUGCCAUGCAGGCCAUUCCCGAGAGGGAGCUUAUUGUACGCGCCAAGCUCGAAGAUCUGCUGGAUCAGAAACCGCCGCCAAAGACUCGGGGCUCAACCGAAGAUGUCGGGCGUCAGGAGGAUGAAAACGAUGCCGAGAUUCAGGUUGAGCUCGGCGAUGUGAAGGAGGCGCUUUUGGAUCCCAUCGCCCACGAGCGGGUCAGAAACUAUCGCCGGAUAGUUCGCCUGAACAGUGCUCAUGUGGGCAAGCUGAAUGAACUAGUUGCUAAGGUGCAAUCCCACUUGGGUGGCUUGACUGCAUCCGUUAGCGAACUGGAGCAACAGCAGAAGCAGCGCGCCGAGCUGCAGGAUUGGGUUAAGAAGCAGCAGAGCUCUGUCUCGGACUGGAUGAUGCGUCCUUGCAAGCUGCGCCCUGAGGCAGCCCAGCAGGAGUUGGUUUCCAUGAACGAUCUAUUGAACUCCAUUGGCGAUAAGCGAUCGCAACUAAUGCUGGAAAUGACUGGAUCAUUGGGCGAUGAGGACACUGACCUCGACGACAACAUUGACAAGCUGGAGUCGGAGCUCAUGGAUGCCAUUGCCAAGAAACAGGCUGGCCAGAAUGUCAUCGAUGGCUAUCGCCAGGGAAUGGCUGAUGUUCAAAACUGGUUCGACACCCUCAUCAAGCGCAUGGAUGUCCUGGAUCGCGGCUCUGGUCUCAACUGUGCCCAGAAAACAGCGGCCAUCAAUGAGAUCAAGAACGAGUACGAGCUGCAGGGUCACCCCAAGAUCCAGGAGCUCAAGGGCAAGGCUGCUCAGGUGGCUGAAGUAAUCAGCAAUUUGGACGGCCAGCAGGUCGAGGAGCAGAUGAAGUCCCUGGAUAGACGAUUCGCCGAUCUGGGCAAACGCAUCGACCGCAAGGCUCAGCUUCUAGAUGUGACCAACAAGGGAGUGGAGGGAGCCAAGGGCGAGAUCGAUCAGCUCCAGAAUUGGGUGAAGCAUCAGAUCGAGGAAUUGCAGUCGCCUGCUCCACUCGGUUACACGCCCAAGGAUGCCGAGGCUCGUCAGCAGAAGAUCAAGAGCCUGAUGAAGGAUGCCGAAGCGAAGCAGUCGUUGGCCGAUGUCCUGGAGAAGCGUAUCGCCAACAUGCAGCCCGAAUUGGAGCCUGCCGAAUACGCCCAGCUGGAGUCCGCACUGCGCAAUCUCAACACGGAGAAUCGCAAUUUGUCGGGAGUUCUCAAGGCUGAGCUGGAUCGGGCUCUGGAGGCCAGCAAGGCUCGCAAGUCCCUGGAGAACGACCUGGACAAGGCCAGGCAAUGGCUGAAGACCAAGAUUUCCGAGGUUCGCAAGCUGCCCGUGUAUCAUCCUUUGACCUCCACUGAGAUCGAAAAGAAGAUCCAAGAGAACAAGAAAUACGAUGACGAUGCCAAGCAGUUCAACGACAGUGUCCUGAGUGACGUCCAGCGCCAGGCAGCCAACAUAAUGAAGGACUGUGAUGACGCGGAUAAGGCUGCUCUGCAGCAGAUUCUGGAUGAGAUUGCCGCUGAUUACCAGACCCUGAAGGAUGAGAGUAACAAGCGAGGCAAGUCGCUGGAUGAUCUACUGCAAGGUCGCAAGGCCUUCGAGGACUCCAUGAAGAAUAUGGGCGACUGGUUGAAUGAGAUGGAAACUGCUACCGAGGGAGACCUGCGAACCACUAGCCUCCCAGUUCUGGAGGAGCAGUUGGCCCACUACAAGAAGCUGCUCAACGACGCCGAGGCCAAGGGUGGACUCAUCAACGACGUUUCGGAACAGGGCAAGAGCAUCCUGCCCACUUUGAGCAAUGCCGACAAGCUGAAGCUCAACGACGACAUCAAGAACAUGAAGGAUCGCUACGGCAGGAUCAAGAACACAAUCGAUGAUCGCGUCAAUGCUUUGGGAGACCACAUCAAGAAAUACAAGGAUGCCAAGAGCAGGCUGGCCGAUUGCAGCCAGUUCUUGGGCACCAUCCAGCAGAGACUCCGCGAGUUGAACCGCCCCAUCGGAUCGAGAAUCGAGGAUGUCCAGGAUCUGCUGGGCGCCUAUGAGGGUAUUCUCAAGGAGCUAAAGGACAGCAAGAGCAAAAUGGGCGACAUGCAAAUAGAUGAUUUGCCAGAGCUGCAGAGUAUCUUGGCCCAACAAGACGAUAUGAUCAAGCUGAUCGAGGAUCAGCUGGCCCAUCUCCGCCAGCUUCUGCUGCUCCGCGAGCAGUUCAUUGCCUUGAUCAACGAAAUCAUCGCCUUCAUCAUGAAGUACACGGAUGUGAUCAUUGACAUUGAGAACUCUCCGGACAGUCUCGAGGACAAGAUCAACAAGUACGACGAUGUCAUUGUCAAGAUCCAGGAGUGCGAAGGACUUCUGGCCUCGGCCAACGACAAGGGCCAGAAGAUUGCCUCCGAGGGCAAUGCUGCAGACAAGAACAGCAUAACCGAGCAGCUGCAGUCGCUAAAGAAUCAGCUGCAGAACCUCCGCAAGGCCGUGGAAUCCCAACGCCAGAAGCAUCAACUUCAGUUGGAGUCACACAAGAAGAUGGCCGCGGAGCUGAGCGAGAUCCUCGACUGGUUGCACAGCCACGAAGGAGCUGCCAAGUCGCGUCCGCUUCUGGACCGCGAUCCGGAAUCGGUGGAGCGGGAAUUGCAGAAGCACCAAGGACUCAGCCAGGACAUUGAAUCCUACCUCAAGAAAUUCAACAAAAUCAACGAAGGCGUAAAGACCGAAGUCGGUUUCCCCAGUUCCCUAUCGGAAAUGCUAUCCGAGGGCAGAUCCCUGGUGGCCUCUUUGCCCCAUGAGCUGGAGGAGCGCGAAAAGUAUCUGAAGAAUAAUCGCGAUUCCCGGCUGGAGUACAUGCAAUUGGUGGCCAAGUUCAACGACUGGGUCCAUGAAGCCGAGCUGCGACUGCAAAACAGCCAGCAUGGCAUCGACUAUGAGCACUUGGUGCAGGAUCUGGACGAGCACAAGGUGUUCUUUGGAAACGAGGCCCCAAUCCGCAACUUGGUGCACAAGCAAAUCCAGGAAGCCGCCGACAAGAUUUGGUCCUCGCUCAACAACUACGAGCAGUCGGAGUUGUCCGCCGAGUUGGCUCAGUUCCAAACGAAGUUGGCCAGCACUCUGGCCAAUGCCAAGACGCAGCAGAGCGAGCUGGAGAAGGAGGCGGAACGCUGGCGCGAGUACCAGCAGUCCAUCGACCGUGUCAAGGCUACCAUCGAGCGCACCAAGUUCAGUGAUGAGCCGGUCCAGAAUCUGGCCGGUCUGCACUUUAACAUCCAGAAACUGUCCCAUGCCAUCGGAAAUGUUCAGAGCCAGAGCAGCGACCUAGCACUAGUCAACCAGCAGGCACAGGCGCUCAUCCGUCAGGCAGACGCCCGCAACCGACAGCUGAUCGAACAGGACAACGCUGGCCUGAACCGUUCGUGGCAGGAUCUGGUGCACAGCUUGGAGCAGCGAAGGGAUAACCUGCAGCAGUUGGCCGAGCACUGGGACGGAUUCGAGAACGGCCUGCACGGCUGGGAAAAGGCUCUUGGUCGCUUGGAGGAUAAGUUCCGCAAUGUCGACCCAACUGUAAGAUCCCGACGUCAUUUGGAAGAUACAAAGAAUGCCAUUCAGGAACUGCGUGAAGAAUCAAAUCAACUUAAAUCAUCACAUAAAGAAAUCGAGGCGCUCUCUAAAUCCAUCCUCACAUUCCUUGGGGAAGUACACAAACCCUCGGCGGAGGCCAUACAGGCCAAAGUGGAUAAGUUAGUUGAACAACAAGCCAAAUUGAACGACACUCUACGCGAAAAGGAGCAACAGGUUAGUAAGGAUCUCGAGGAGAUCGAGCAAGUCUUCCGUCGCAUCUCGCAGCUGCAGGAUAAGCUUAACGCUCUGCACGAGCAACUGCAAUCGGUUCACGUCUACGACGAGCACAUCGCCCAGACCGAACAGCUCCUGAUCACCCUCAACAGCCAGGUACACCAGGCGGCCGAAGAGAGCAAGUCACUGGUGGCCCAGACCACGGCCCUCUACCAGGCCAAGCAGAACCAGCUGCCGAACGACAUUGCCCAGGAGUUUACGGCCCUCGAGCUACUGGCCGAACGAGUCCAGGUGACCAUGGAGACCAAAGAGAAGGAUUUCAAGCGCGCGAAGACCGUUCGCACCGAAUAUGUGGCCGGUGUGGACGAGAUUCAGCGCUGGCUGCUUCAGGCGGAGGUGCAGGUGCAGGAACGCAGCCUGACGCCCACGCAGAUGAAGGAGCUGUUGCAGCGCAUCAACCACGAGAUCACCGCCAUCUACGAACGCUUCACGCUGGUUAAGACCAACGGCCAGCUGAUCAUCGAGAACUGUCGCAACAGCGAGGAGAAGACGCUGGUGCAGACAACCAUCGAUCAGUUGGCCGCCUCUCUGGCCCAGGUCCGAGGCUGGCUGGACGAGAAGAAGCAGGCGGUGGGUGAUAGUCUGGACGCGUGGACGAGGUUCAUGAACCUCUACCAGAUUGUCAUGUCGUGGGCGGCGGAGAAGCGCACCUUCAUCGAUCAGACGAUUGAGCUGCGCACUCUGCCAGAGGCUCGCAACAAACUGAACGACUAUGUUACGGCUGUGAAGAGUGUGAAACCGAUUGUGAAGCAUCUGAGCGAGAUGGAUAAGGAGCUGGAGCACAUCGGCCAGGUGACGACUGUAGGCGAUCUCAAGGACAAACUGCAGGAAGCCGAGGAUGCGAAGAUUACCGUGGAAGCGGUGCUGCUGGAGAGGAACUCUCUGCUGCAAGAGGCCUGCGAAGAGUGGGAUCAAUGUGAACGCAAGAUUAAGGAUAUACGCGCCUGGCACGAAAAGACGAAGCAGAGCCUGGACUCCACGCAGCAGCAGAAGAAACCGCUGCGCGAUCAGCUCGGCUUCUGUGAGAAGACCCUGGCCGACAUUAAUGUGCAGAAAACGAAACUGAGACUGUCUAUUGAGAAACUGGAGGUUCAUUUCCGCAACGGCAUGGGCGGUGAUCCGCGCCUGAGCGAAAAUGUCGACGAUCUGGUGCGCGUGCUCGAUGGCUUGGGCGAAUUGGUCAAGGCCAAGUCGCAGAGCCUCGAGCAGACGCUAUCCCAGAUUGACGUCUACCAACAGCAGAUGCAGACCCUGCGCCAGCGCAUCAUCCAGGAGGAGCAGCAGCUGCGCCUGGUGAUGGCGCCCACUUACUUGCCGCACGAUCGCGAGCGAGCAUUAGCCGAGCAACAGGCAAUGCGAGAAUCAAUCGAUGGCAUGCAGCAAGUCUACGAUGCGACAGCGCGAAAGUCCUACACGCUGGAUCCCCAUUCAGUGGUGACCACUUCAUCGACUGUCUCGUUGCUAAUGAAGCCAUCGGCGGCAGCGGGUAUGACCUAUGCUGAAGUGUUGUCGGGACAAGCGAGUCCGGUAAGCAGCGCUAAUGAACCUGUAACGACGAAGCCCCAAUCAGAACGAACAGACCCCGCAACGACCACAACCACAACGACCCGGCAACAACACACGACCCAGAACCAGAACCAGACCACAAUUAAAACUAUUACGACCACCACAACAACAACGACCACAAAACGUACGCACGGAGAUGAAUCUUUCGAGAGUCCUUCGAAUCCGCACGAACUGAAUGGCAGCGGUAGCACCAUCGUUACCACAGCCAUUUAUGAGCGCCAACAACCAGUUACACCACCCAUCGAGACCAGCACGACCACAGUUCCUAGCACAACGACAACGAUUCCUACCAACCCCAACACUCAGUUUAUAGAAAGCGAGCAGCAGCACCACUACCACUCAAAAACGGGUAAGAAACUGCAGCCACCGCGUCCCGAACGUCGUGGCCGGUCGCCGAGACGUAGGCGGGAACCACCCCAACCACAACCACGAGCAGCGCAUCAGCCCACCAUUGAGGCGCCACUGGAGCAAGAGCCACAGCAGGAACAUCUCUUCCUGCCAGUCGCCGAUCGCACGAGAUCCCGUAGCCCCAUGUGGGUGCCAGGAUCUACUUCAUAUGCGGAGGUUCUCCGCGGAAUGGAACUCGAGCGACUGAAGGCCGAACAACUGGCUGCCCAAAACGCUCAAGGGCGCACGGAACUCACCAUUCAGGAUGUGGUGGAUGCCAGCGCUGCAGUUACGCGAAAUAUUUACGUUCCCCAACCAGAACCAGAGCAGCCCAUUGAGGAGCAACAGCAGCAGUAUAUUAGCGAAACCAUCGCCGAUGUUGCGUUUUCUUCCGCACAGCCACAACAACCAGCUCUUCCCCAACUUCCCCAGCAAGCGAAGCCCCUCGAUAACUACGAAGUGCAUAUGACAGCUGAGGAGAUAGCAGCGACCUAUUUGCAGCCAGAUCCGCAGUUGUACCAGACGAUGUACGAGAACGUGGCCGACAGCGGCCAGUGGGGCUAUGUGACAGAGGCAACAUCGCAAGCUCAACAGCAGCCUGUGCAGCAAAACUACUACGAGCAGAUUAUGCAGAUGCAGUACCCGAUACAGUAUCAGCAGGUGACAGUGCCACCAGCGACGACCCAGUACCAGCUAUUGACUGGCUACUAUCAGCCAGUAGCCCAGACCGAGGGUGCCUAUCCCACAGUUUAUUCCACUGAGCCGAAUCAGAUCUACUAUACCCAGCAGACCACAGACUACGGGCAGGAAUAUCCGCCCCAGCAUCUGGCGCAACAGCCACAGCAGCCCCCACUGCAGGACUUCCAGCAGGAAACAGUAGAGCAGACCUAUCUGCCUGAUCCCUACCAAGUGGACAACACUUUGUCCCUGAACUCGACAACAGGCAACAGCGUGCUGGAUCGCGUUGUUACCACUCUGGCCUCGAUGGUCCAACAAAGUGCGGAGCCAUUGACCACCAGCACCCAACAAAUUCAGCCAGCUGUGGUUGAAAGCGAGCCCUCAGAGCCUCAGUACUACAUCGAAGAGCAUGUCCACCUGCUGCCGGCUGUAGAGCCGCAGGAGUUUGAGCUGAAUGAGCCCAGGCCAGACAUCACCUUCGGCCAGUUCGAUGUGGAUGCUAUUGAGUCUAUACCAGCGGAAGAGCCAACUGUGUCUCAGCCUAUUGAAACCACAACUGUAACCACAACUAGCUAUGUGACGACCAUUGCCCCAGAACAGAUACAGCCAACUGUGAUACCACACCAGACUAUCGAAAUCGGUUCGGUUCCGGAUGCUCCUCAAGUACCCAAGGACCCUGAAACUGUCAUUGUGCGUCCCCAGGACCAAAGGCAAAAGAAUAUUCAAACUCGGCCCCAGGACAUCAGUACUGGCAGCACAUACGCCGAAGUCCUUUUCGGCCUCCAGCAUAGAGAUAAUCCAGUUUUCCAGCCAUCCAGUCAGCAACAGAUACCAGUGCGCCUCACGUCCUCGCCGCCCUUGCAACGGAAUCCUGAUGAGACAACUUUCACCACGACUACAACUACAACUACUACUAGAGUAGCAAACCAGCACGGUAGACGUUAUGAAAAAUCGCCAACCUGGGAACGUAAGGAUGACACUUUUGAAUCGCGGUCCUCAAGAACGAAGAGAACGCGUCAUGAGCCUCAGCCGGAACCAUUGCCGAUUAAACAGACUCACAGAAAAGACCACAAGACGGGCAAAAAGCCAGCUCCUGAAGCCAACGGAGUUAGCGCGACGGAACCCAAGCCGACUCCAGCACCUAUUCAGUUGGAGUCCCACAAACAGCCUGAGACCAAAUCUGCCAAGCCGAAGAAGCAGAAAAAGACAAUUGAACCUGAGACGGUGCCAAUUGCGGAGCCUCAACCUGAACCAGUUGUCACUAAGCCAGUGCCAUCCAAAAGGGAAAAGAAACCAUCCCCUGUUUUGGAAAAGAAGCAAACUGUGGUCGAGAAGAAUGUGAUAACUACCAAAUCGGUGGAAACAGUUGUUAACCCUGCUCCGGUUGUGGAAUCUAUUCCCGCUCCAUCCAACACCGAAAAGAAAUCCAAACAAGCCAAGACCGUUGAGACUAUCAAUGUGGAAGUUAAGGAAACUGCACCAGUUCCUCCAGCAAGAAAGGAAAAGAAACCAAAGGAACCAAAAACUAGCUCCAAAGCUGUUGAGCCUAUCAUUGAAAAGGUGCCAGUUCAAUCGGUCGAGGUUGACCUUAAAAUUGAGGCUAAACCGGAAGUGAAGCAGCAAACGGAAAUAAGCGUUGAACAGACGGAAACUAUUCCAUUGCCACCCACAAGGAAGGAAAAGAAGCGACCCAAGUCGAAGGAAGCAGUUCCAAAAGCUGUGAUCAAUUCCAAGGAUAUUUCUGUUGAGCCUGAGGCCCCAGUCAAGGUUAUUUCUGAAGAGCCUGUGGCUCCAGCCAAGGAUAUUUCUAUAAAGCCUGAGUCACCAGCAAAGGAUAUUUCUGUAACGCCUGUGGCUCCAGCCAAGGAUAUUUCUGUAGAGCCUGAGGCCCCCGCCAAGGAUGUCCCCGUUGAACCUGAGGCCCCCGCUAAGGAUAUUUCCGAAAAGCCUGUGGCUCCAAUCAAGGAUUUUUUCGUACAGCCAGAGUCCCCAGUCAAGGAUGUUUCUGUAGAGCCUGUGGCUCUAGCCAAGGAGAUUUUUGUAGAGCCUGUAACCAAGAAGGAAAGAAAACGCACUAAGAAGGAUGCCAAGCAGGAUACAGUGGAAGUUUCUUCGGAAGUACGUCACAUUACAACUGAAACGACAGACAACACUCCUCUGCCUCCUCAGGCCGUCAGCUCCAUCGAUAUUGCCGAAACCAUUAUUGAGGGAGAACCAACAGUUACUACAUCUACAAAUACCAUAUCUACGGAAAGUGGAACGACUACCAUUACAACGCGAACCAUUACCAAGCAUAUAACCAAGCGUAUCGUGAAGCGCAUUGUGGAUGGAAAGGAGGAAAUUGUGGAGGAGGAUGUUAUCGAUGAUUUGCCGGAGGAAAAUAUUUCAGUUGAGCAGUAUAACUUGCCGACUGUUACAACCACAAGCAGCGAGGUGCCUGUUGAUGUGUCAGGAUUUUCUACAGCGCAAGAUACAAUUGUACAGCAAGGAUCAAUUACCAAGACGGUUAUAACCAAAACAAAACGCAUCCUGAAGCGCAUUAACGAAGUUGGCGAGGAGAUCAUCGAAGAGGUCUUUGAGGAUGAGCCUGAAGUAGAGCGCGAUGUUACCCUGCUUCCAACCACAGUUGUAACUACCACGCUCACCAGCACAGAGACGCAGCCAAGUUCGUUGGAAAUCAUCGAGGAUGUUGCUCAAAAUGUUGUGGAAGACGUUCUUAAACAGGCCGAGGAAAUAACUCAACCGAAAAUAUCUGAUGAGACGCCAGUUCCUGCUGAACCUGAAAUAAAGAAGGAAGCCGUGGCUCCUAUAGUAGAAAAAGCGGAGCAAACGAAGCCGAAAAAGCCUUCUAGAAAGGACAAGAAAAAGCAGAAGAAAUCCGAAAGUGACGAGGUUGCUCCAAUUGUCAAACAGCAGCCACAAAUAGAAAUUACAGAGCCCCUGAACGUAACAAGUGCAAUUAAAACUGAUAGUAAGCCAACUAUUUUAUCUGAGGAAACGGCGGCCAGUGAUGAUGGUCUCAUAAAGACCACAGUCAUCCGUACUACCAAGAUCGUUAAGAAAAUAAACAGCAGCCAGCAGGAAAGUCAGGACAUGUUGUCAUCAACACAUUCAGACGUCCUGUCAUCGGUUAGUUCCCUGUCCGAGGAACCUGUCGAGCCUCCCAAGGUAGUUAAAUCGGAAACCAAUAGCCGAGAAAUCAGCGAUGAGGGUGUGGUGAAGACAACUAAAACGACCACCACCAAAACUAUCAAAUCUCCAAAGGCUGAACCAGUACUGGUCGAACCCGUUUCGGAUGUACCAAGUGUAAAGGAUGAGGUCUCCCCAGAUGCUGAAGAUAAUGUAGAAGGCGGUGUGAUAAAGACAACUAUUGUUCGCACCACUAGGAUCGUUAAGAAAAUCUCCCAGGACACUGAAAUUAGCGAGGCAAGCAGUGAAUCGGAAUGCUCCCUACCUAUUGUCGACACAAUCAUUCAAGAUGCUCCAGUAGUUGCGGAAUCGGUUACGACUGAAUCGAAUGGUGACGGCAUCACUAAGACCACUACUACGCGGACAACGAAGGCUGUGAACAAGAACGUUGUCAGCGAAAGUGUGGAAAUUGUAUUCAACCCAUCAGAUGUUCCAGAAGAAACUAGUGCGCCUGUUCUUGAGGAUAAUGUUCAGCAGAAUGUGGGCAUCGUCUCAACUGCUGUGGAAGACAAGCUUUUAUUCCAAUCGCCAAGUAGGGAUGUACCCCAGACAAACCGAAUUCAGUCAACUCUUGUAGAUUUUAUUGAAGCUGAGAAAAAUGCGUCCAUAAAGUCUGUUGAGCCCGUGAAGGAGUUGGUGGCCGAGGAAUCUGUUCAGUUGGCAACAGCCGCGGAAGCUGAGCCUUCUAGUCCUGGUGAUGUGGUUAAGACCACAAUCGUGAGAACGACCAAAAUUGUGAAGAAGAUCGCUCAAAACUCGGAACAACAGAGUCUUGAAGAGACCGAACCCCAGGAGGAAGCGAAAAUACCCGAACCUGUGCAGACAGUAGAAGAUAGAAGUGGUGGUGUAACUAAAACUACAACCGUGCGUACGACGAAAAUCGUUAAGAAGCUGAAUGAAGAUGGCGAGACAACUACAGAGGAGAGCAGUACUACCAGUGACCCGAUUAUCAUUCGUGAAGGUUCUCCAGCGAUCUCGGAAGUCCCCAGCGAAACCUCAACCGUAUCUAGUCAAAUCGAUGGCGCAAUCAUCAAAACUACGACAAUCCGCACAAUGCGCAUUACGAAGAGGAUAACGAAUGAUGGACGGAUACUUUUGACGGAAAGCGAAGCACCCAGCGACGUUGUCGUCACAUCGAGUAUUGAAAUGCCCGAUCAGAGACCCAUCAGUCCGAUAGUGACUUCGCGUGCCUCGUCUCCGGCUGUGACGCCAAGCAGUGAAUUUAGGCUUGAUAGUAGUUUGGGUGAAAACAUUCAGAUAGGAGUGAAGGAUAGUCCGACUGGGGUUAAAGUUAUUGGCAUCGAGACGAGCACAAUUGAGUUGCCGAAGCUGGGUGAAAGCACGACAAACGGGGCUGUGAACGAGACGAAUAGCAUUACCACUACUACGACUACUACCAAGAAUACGAUACUCACGACUACGCAACGACGAAGCUUCGAAACCGAAGAUGGCACAAAUGUUCUUUUCGUGGGAGAAGGCAUUGACGGUGCCUUCCCACCCGGCGCAGUGCAGAAGAUUUCCCUUAUUACUCACGAAGAAAAACUGAAGACACCUAUCGUGAAAAUGCAUCUUGAUUUUCCGGAGGUCAGUCUUCAGGUGACAGAAACUGUGACCGAGAAUGUGGAGUCCCUGAAUAGAACUGCCGAUUCUAGUGUGAAUACAGUUGUUGAAGUAGUCGAAUCGUCUAAACCAGAAAUCCCUGAUGUACAAGAACCCAUAGUAGAAGCCCCAGUAACCAAAAUUAUUGAAGAGCCAGUCCCAGUAGAUGACCCUAAGAGUAGCCAACCUAUAGCAGCCUCUGAAUUAAGCCCCGAAGAGCAACAGUUGUUCGAGGAUAUUCAGAAGAAGCUAUCCAAGAAAGACAAGAAAAAGCGUCCCGCUAUUCCCGAAGCGUUUAUUAAGCAAGAAACCGUGCAGGUUCUUACAGAGGAGAGAACAGGUAGUGCAGAUAUUGUUGUAGAUAAUGUGCUAAUUAAUGUUGUCCCGCCCUUAGCUGGCCUAGAUACGUUAGUUUCUAAUAUUUCUCAGGACGAGGCCUUGGUCUCAAGUGUCAAGACAAUCGAGAGUGGCAAAUCCGAUGUCCUUAACAAUGAAUUAUUAGGCAAAGUGACGUCAGUUUCCGAUGUAGCUUCUGUUUCAUCCGAACCAGAAGUCCAAGUCGAAAUUUCUCCAAAUAAUGUUCCGGAUCCAGAGAAACUGCGUUUCAACAUUUCGCAAGAUGCGGCAUUGAACUCUAUCGUCAAAUCUAUUGAGCACGCCAAGGCAGAUGUUCUUUAUCAUGAAACUUCCGAAGUAGAUCCGGUUUCCGAAAUUGUCCCUGUUCAAGUAGAAGACAAAGUAAAAAGUCCAUCUCAAACUCAGCCCAGUCCUGCUUUCACUAAUAACUCUAAUCAAAUUGCUCCUGCCAAUCCAAGCGCAUUAAUAGCUGUGGCUAACUCGGUAAGCACUUUAAAUACAAUAACUAACAUUCAGCCAAUUUCUUCAUUUGAAAAGAUAUUUGAAAUUCCCAAAUUUGAUUUAAUUAAGUUUAUUAAUGCUGAGGGUCAAUAUCACAUAAUUAAUUUUAAGCCAGAAGAAGUUAGUACACCAACACCAUUAGAACCAAUUGAUGUUUCGUUACCAAAGACGGUAAGCUUUGAAGACGAAAAUGAGACAGAAACAAAUAACAUCAGUCAACAAACUCUGCCUGCUAUAUACAACUGGGAAGUUCCAAAGUUCGAUGUCAUAUCCCUGAACAAGGCCGAAGCUUUGCUUAAAAUUGAAGAGUCCAAAUUGGUUCUCCCUCAAUCAAAAGAAUCUGAUAAAACGGAACCCGAACCACACCAGGAAACUUCAAUUGUCGAACAAAUAUCUGAAACGGAGCUUAUUGAAACGAAUAUAGUUGAAAAGCUCAGUGAGGUUUCUGUCAUAGAAGAACCUGAAAAGAAACCAGAAGAUUCAAAGGUGUCCGAACCAAAGCCCAUUGCGGAGGUUCCUAUUAUCGAUGAUGUCAAAACCAUCACAACCGUAACCAUCACCACAGUCUCGACCGAAGAUGUCACCAAAGUUCCGGUUCCUGAGGAAAUCAAAAAGCCAGAGGAGCCAAAGAAACCAGCCUACGCCGGUCUGCCUGUUGACGAUUCCUCCAGCUCUUGGAUGGAUGUUUUGGAUGAACCCAUGAACUUCUCGGAUGAGGAUGAGCCCGUUCCUGAGCCCCAAAAGGAGGUUACGGUUGUCGAAGAGGUAUUGGAAACAAAACCAAUUGAUCAAGUGCCUGUGAUCGAUGAAACUAAGAUCAUCACAACUGUAACCAGCACCACAGUCACCACCGAAAAGGUCAGCGAGGUUCCUGUUUCUGAGGAAAUCAAAAAGCCUGAGGAACCUGAGAAGAAACCUGAGGAGCCCAAGAAACCCGCCUACGCCGGUCUGCCCGUGGACGAUUCCUCCAGCUCUUGGAUGGAUGUUUUGGAUGAACCCAUGAACUUCUCGGAUGAAGAUGAACCCGUUCCAGAGCCACAAAAAGAGGUUACUGUUGUCGAAGAGGUAUUGGAAACAAAACCAAUUGAUCAAGUGCCUGUUAUCGACGAAACUAAGAUCAUUACAACUGUAACCACCACCACAGUCACCACCGAAAAGGUCAGCGAAGUUCCUGUUUCCGAGGAAAUUAAAAUUUCUGAGGAACCUGAGAAGAAACCAGAGGAGCCCAAGAAACCAGCCUACGCCGGUCUGCCUGUUGACGAUUCAUCCAGCUCAUGGAUGGAUGUUUUGGAUGAACCCAUGAACUUCUCGGAUGAGGAUGAGCCCGUUCCUGAGCCCCAAAAGGAGGUUACUGUUGUUGAAGAGGUAUUGGAAACAAAACCAAUUGAUCAAGUGCCUGUUAUCGAUGAAACUAAGAUCAUCACAACUGUAACCACCACCACAGUCACCACCGAAAAGAUCAGCGAUGUUCCUGUUUCCGAGGAAAUUAAAACUCCUGAGGAACCUGAGAAGAAACCUGAGGAGCCCAAGAAACCAGCCUACGCCGGUUUGCCUGUUGACGAUUCAUCCAGCUCUUGGAUGGAUGUUUUGGAUGAACCCAUGAACUUCUCGGAUGAGGAUGAGCCCGUUCCUGAGCCCCAAAAGGAGGUUACUGUUGUUGAAGAGGUAUUGGAAACAAAACCAAUUGAUCAAGUGCCUGUGAUCGAUGAAACUAAGAUCAUCACAACUGUAACCAGCACCACAGUCACUACCGAAAAGGUCAGCGAGGUUCCUGUUUCUGAGGAAAUCAAAAAGCCUGAGGAACCUGAGAAGAAACCUGAGGAGCCCAAGAAACCAGCCUACGCCGGUCUGCCCGUGGACGAUUCCUCCAGCUCUUGGAUGGAUGUGUUGGAUGAGCCCAUGAACUUCUCCGAUGAAGAUGAACACGUUCCAGAGCCGCAAAAGGAGGUUACUGUUGUCGAAGUGGUAUCCAAACCAGAACCGAUUGUUGAGGUUCCAGUUUUCGAUGAAACAAAGACCAUCACAACUGUAACCACCACCACAGUCACCACCAAAGAGUUCAUUGAGGUUCCUGUUCCUGAAGAAGUCAAAACAACAGAGAAUCAUCUAGUACAUGCUCAACUUGACAAGCCAUUGGAAGAACCUAUAGAUACAUGGUCCAGUGUUCUUGAAGAUUCUGCUCCAAGUAGCGGUAAUAUUGCCUUCACUUCUAGUUUGUCCGCUGAUGCUCCAGAGUUUACUCCUUCCUAUCUAAGGCAUUCCUACUCUGACCAGACGCAUACCUUCCUUGCCAAUGAGCGGGUAUAUAACGAGUUUAUUCCAAGAAAUAGAACAGAUGUUGCGGUAUUGCCAAAACAGAAAGCUAAGAAAGCAAAACCACCAAAACGCCAAAAUAAGAAGGCCGAAGUUCAGGAUGAGGUGAAACAUGCUCCGCAAGAGUAUGUACAAGAGCCUUUUGAUAUUGUCGAAGAUGUUGACAACGUAUGGAACAAGAACCGUGAUGGAAAAUCAUAUGCUGACGUCCUAUUGAAUUCGCGCGUUGUAGAGGAUGGUGUAACUACUGCAACUGAGAGUCCAUCAGAACCUGAACCAAAAUCUGUUGAAGUUAAACCACCUGUAAGCCAGGCCAACCCAAAACAAGAAAAACGCAAAAUUCAGGAGAAACCUAAGCCCGCAUUGACUACAGAGAGUGACAAAUCAAAGUCCAGUACAGACACCGAGCAAUCCAAAUCAACAACUGAUAGCGAUCUCUCGAAAAUUACUGACAGCUCCAAGGAACCAUCAUCUGAUGAGAGGGAAGCUUCAAGCACUUCUGAGAUGACAUGGUCAGCUCUUGUGCGUAGGCCUGGCGAAUGGUCAGAUACAACAUUGGUAAAGAAGGAAAUCUCCCAAAAAACAGUUGUAACAGAGGAAAAGCCCCAUAAAAAGGAAAAGGAAGAGCCUAAAAAGGCUGCAAAGCCCAAAAAGACAAAGAAGCCGAAGAAACCAAUUGUUGAACCGGUAUCGACCACAUCUGAAGAUGAGCUUCCUGAACCUUUGCCUGCUACAAUAUUAACGGAGCCUAAGCCGUCAGAGCCUGUUACUGAUCAAGGUAAAACCGAAGAAAAAAGCAGUGCAUUCUCUUGGGCUUCCCUUGUUAAGAGGCCCGGGGAGUGGAUUGAUAACACAGUUAGUCAUAUAAAAACAGCUGUAUCUACUUCUACUGAGACAACAGAUCCACCAAGAAAAGAAAAAACAGAAAAGGUAAAGAAACAGAAAUCCAAAAAGAAGCCAGAUGCUAAGAUACCAGCCUCUGAUCCACAGCCUGAAAUACAUACUGAGCCGAUUAAGGUUCAAGAUGUUGUCAUUGAACCCGUGGAUAAGGUUGAAGUCCGCAAGUCGGAGGAAACUACUGGCAAUGCUUUCUCUUGGGCCUCAUUGGUCAAGAAACCUGGUGAGUGGGUCGACGACAUAGCCUCCCGAAAGAAGUCUGCGGAAACGCCCAGAGAAGAACCAAAGGAUGAGUCGAAUGUCAAAAAACUCCCGAAGGUCGAAAAAUCAGCGAAGAAGGAAAAACGGGUUAAACCUAACAAGCCUAUAGCUCAGGAGGAAAAACCCGAACCUGAAAUCUUUUCACCAACAUCUGAUGAGAGUGAAGUGGUUGAACCACAACAGCGUCCGGAUGAUAAUACUCUUACUUGGGCCAAAAUUGCUAGUCAAAUUGAUCACAUGACGGACUUAGCGCCAAAGGAAAAGAAAGAGGUUAAACAACUGCAACCUGAAUCUAUUUCAAAGGUGAAGCGCCACGAAAUAAAGACGAAAGUAAAAGUCAGUCAUGCUCCUGAAGUUGAAAAAAAUCAGAAACAAUCGCAAAGUUCCUGGUCAUCUAUUCUGAGUCAUCAAACCACAGAGUUUAUUGAAGCUGAAAAGACACCACACAAGCCAUCAGCAGAAAAGCCAAAGAAGAAGGUAGCGAUUGUGGAAUUGGUUUCUGAGUCUGAAGCACAUAAACCUCAAAAGUCAUGGGCUGAAAUGAUCGACGAUGGCCCCGAUGACAUUGUUGUAGAACAAAAAUCAUGGAAAGAUUUAAUUGAAGAUGAAAUUGAAAUUCCACUUCUUCCCGAAAAUGGAGAGGAAGCCAAUAUAAACAAAAUUCUCGAAACAAUGCAGGAUAUGAAAUCAAGCAUAGAUGAUAAAUCCACCAGCAAUGACAUUCCUAAGGAACCAAAUAAAAAACAACCGAUAAUUGUUAGCGUACCUGUUGUCGAUGAAACUAAAACCAUCACGACUGUAACCACCACUACAGUCACCACCGAAAAGAUCAGCGAGGUUCCUGUUUCUGAGGAAAUCAAAAAGCCCGAGGAACCUGAGAAGAAGCCUGAGGAGCCCAAGAAACCAGCCUACGCCGGUCUGCCUGUUGACGAUUCUUCCAGCUCUUGGAUGGAUGUUUUGGAUGAACCCAUGAACUUCUCGGAUGAAGAUGAACCCAUUCCAGAGCCGCAAAAGGAGGUUACUGUUGUUGAAGUGGUAUCCGAACCAGAACCGAUUGUUGAGGUUCCAGUAAUCGAUGAAACAAAGACCAUCACAACUGUAACCACCACCACUGUCACCACCGAAAAGAUCAGCGAGGUUCCUGUUUCUGAGGAAAUCAAAAAGCCCGAGGAACCUGAGAAGAAGCCUGAGGAGCCCAAGAAACCAGCCUACGCCGGUCUGCCUGUUGACGAUUCUUCCAGCUCUUGGAUGGAUGUUUUGGAUGAACCCAUGAACUUCUCGGAUGAAGAUGAACCCAUUCCAGAGCCGCAAAAGGAGGUUACUGUUGUUGAAGUGGUAUCCGAACCAGAACCGAUUGUUGAGGUUCCAGUAAUCGAUGAAACAAAGACCAUCACAACUGUAACCACCACCACAGUCACCACCGAAAAGGUCAGCGAGGUUCCUGUUUCGGAAGAAAUUAAACAGCCCGAGGAACCUGAGAAGAAACCUGAGGAGCCCAAGAAACAAGCCUAUGCCGGUCUGCCUGUGGACGAUUCCUCCAGCUCUUGGAUGGAUGUUUUGGAUGAACCCAUGAACUUCUCGGAUGAAGAUGAACCCGUCCCAGAGCCGCAAAAAGAGGUUGCUGUUGUCGAAGAUGUAUUGGAAACAAAACCAAUUGAUCAAGUGCCUGUGAUCGAUGAAACUAAGAUCAUUACAACUGUAACCACCACCACAGUCACCACCGAAAAGGUCAGCGAGGUUCCUGUUUCGGAAGAAAUCAAAAAGCCCGAGGAACCUGAGAAGAAAUCUGAGGAGCCCAAGAAACCAGCCUACGCCGGUCUGCCUGUUGACGAUUCUUCCAGCUCUUGGAUGGAUGUUUUGGAUGAACCCAUGAACUUCUCGGAUGAAGAUGAACCCGUCCCAGAGCCGCAAAAAGAGGUUACUGUUGUUGAAGAGGUAUCCGAACCAGAACCGAUUGUUGAGGUUCCAGUUAUCGAUGAAACUAAGACCAUCACAACUGUAACCACCACCACAGUCACCACCGAAAAGGUCAGCGAGGUUCCUGUUUCGGAGGAAAUCAAAAAGCCCGAGGAACCAGAGAAGAAACCUGAGGAGCCCAAGAAACCAGCCUACGCCGGUCUGCCUGUUGACGAUUCCUCCAGCUCUUGGAUGGAUGUUUUGGAUGAACCCAUGAACUUCUCGGAUGAAGAUGAACCCAUUCCAGAGCCGCAAAAGGAGGUUACUGUUGUUGAAGUGGUAUCCGAACCAGAACCGAUUGUUGAGGUUCCAGUUAUCGAUGAAACUAAGACCAUCACAACUGUCACCACCGAAAAGGUCAGCGAGGUUCCUGUUUCGAAAGAAAUUAAAAAGCCCGAGGAACCUGAGAAGAAACCUGAGGAGCCCAAGAAACCAGCCUACGCCGGUCUGCCUGUUGACGAUUCCUCCAGCUCUUGGAUGGAUGUUUUGGAUGAACCCAUGAACUUCUCGGAUGAAGAUGAACCCGUCCCAGAGCCGCAAAAAGAGGUUACUGUUGUUGAAGAGGUAUCCGAACCAGAACCGAUUGUUGAGGUUCCAGUUAUCGAUGAAACUAAGACCAUCACAACUGUAACCACCACCACAGUCACCACCGAAAAGGUCAGUGAGGUUCCUGUUUCGGAGGAAAUCAAAAAGCCCGAGGAACCAGAGAAGAAACCUGAGGAGCCCAAGAAACCAGCCUACGCCGGUCUGCCUGUUGACGAUUCUUCCAGCUCUUGGAUGGAUGUUUUGGAUGAGCCCAUGAACUUCUCGGAUGAAGAUGAACCCGUUCCAGAGCCGCAAAAGGAGGUUACUGUUGUCGAAGUGGUAUCCGAACCAGAACCGAUUGUUGAGGUUCCAGUUAUCGAUGAAACUAAGACCAUCACAACUGUAACCACCACCACAGUCACCACCGAAAAGAUCAGCGAGGCACCUGUUUCGGAGGAAAUCAAAAAGCCCGAGGAACCAGAGAAGAAACCUGAGGAGCCCAAGAAACCAGCCUACGCCGGUCUGCCUGUUGACGAUUCUUCCAGCUCUUGGAUGGAUGUUUUGGAUGAACCCAUGAACUUCUCGGAUGAAGAUGAACCCGUCCCAGAGCCGCAAAAAGAGGUUACUGUUGUUGAAGAGGUAUCCGAACCAGAACCGAUUGUUGAGGUUCCAGUUAUCGAUGAAACUAAGACCAUCACAACUGUAACCACCACCACAGUCACCACCGAAAAGGUCAGCGAGGUUCCUGUUUCGGAGGAAAUCAAAAAGCCCGAGGAACCAGAGAAGAAACCUGAGGAGCCCAAGAAACCAGCCUACGCCGGUCUGCCUGUUGACGAUUCCUCCAGCUCUUGGAUGGAUGUUUUGGAUGAACCCAUGAACUUCUCGGAUGAAGAUGAACCCAUUCCAGAGCCGCAAAAGGAGGUUACUGUUGUUGAAGUGGUAUCCGAACCAGAACCGAUUGUUGAGGUUCCAGUUAUCGAUGAAACUAAGACCAUCACAACUGUCACCACCGAAAAGGUCAGCGAGGUUCCUGUUUCGAAAGAAAUUAAAAAGCCCGAGGAACCUGAGAAGAAACCUGAGGAGCCCAAGAAACCAGCCUACGCCGGUCUGCCUGUUGACGAUUCCUCCAGCUCUUGGAUGGAUGUUUUGGAUGAACCCAUGAACUUCUCGGAUGAAGAUGAACCCGUCCCAGAGCCGCAAAAAGAGGUUACUGUUGUUGAAGAGGUAUCCGAACCAGAACCGAUUGUUGAGGUUCCAGUUAUCGAUGAAACUAAGACCAUCACAACUGUAACCACCACCACAGUCACCACCGAAAAGGUCAGUGAGGUUCCUGUUUCGGAGGAAAUCAAAAAGCCCGAGGAACCAGAGAAGAAACCUGAGGAGCCCAAGAAACCAGCCUACGCCGGUCUGCCUGUUGACGAUUCUUCCAGCUCUUGGAUGGAUGUUUUGGAUGAGCCCAUGAACUUCUCGGAUGAAGAUGAACCCGUUCCAGAGCCGCAAAAGGAGGUUACUGUUGUCGAAGUGGUAUCCGAACCAGAACCGAUUGUUGAGGUUCCAGUUAUCGAUGAAACUAAGACCAUCACAACUGUAACCACCACCACAGUCACCACCGAAAAGAUCAGCGAGGCACCUGUUUCUGAGGAAAUCCAAAAGCCAGAGGAACCAGAGAAGAAACCUGAGGAGCCCAAGAAACCUGCCUACAGCCAGGAAAAGGUACCCAAAGCAGAAUCGGUUGUGGAGGUUCCUGUUAUUGAUGAAACUAAGUCCAUCAAAACUGUUACCACCACCAUAGUCACCGCUGAAACGGUCAACAAUUUGAUUCCCAAGGAUGUCAAAAAGCAUAGCAAAGUGAUUUCAGAAGAUGUUAAAAUUUCUACAUGUAAGGCGCCUAAUGUCUGGGAAUUACAUUCAUCGUAUGCUGAGGUUGUCAAACAUACAGAGGACUUUAUUGAUUUGGAAAAGAAAAAUGUGGAAAAACCGCAUUCUUCAAAAACUUUGUAUGUCCAAUCUAAGGAAGAAGUGGCUCCAAUUGUUGAAGAGGCUGUAAAAAAAUCGAAGAAAGCUCAGAAAAAACCGAAAGAAUCUACUCAAGAUAAUUCUUACAGUGGCUUUGCUGCGGCUCCAGUCGAAGUGGAAAGCAGUCCGGUUGGAAACUCAUGGUCAGCAAUUGUCGAACAGGACUUGUAUGAAACUCUGCCACAAACCAGUGGAACAUCAUGGUCUACAAUUGUGCGACAAGGUAUCCAGGAACCCAUUACGAAAAUAUCCAAAAUGGAUGAGCAUAAUGUUUCAGAUCCUAAAACGGUUCCUGCGACCCAAGAGGAUAAAAAGUCCAAGUCCAAAAUAGAGAAAAAAUUGCCCAUAAAGACUUCUGUGGCGUCAACAACGGCUAACUCACAAGAUUUUAUCAGCCAGGAACAAAUUUUCUCUUCUGUGGUAAACGACAAAUCACAGAAAAAACCAAAGAAAAAUGAAAAGUCCGUUAAGGAUGAUAUUGCUGAUACAGUCACAUUGAGAGAGGAUGUAACAACAGAACAAGUUGCACCUUCAUUAUCUUGGUCUUCAAUUGUAUCCAAAAAUACUGAGAUAACAACAACAACUGCUGAAGUCGUCAAAGUUUCUGAAGAAAAGAUUGUGGAAGAAAAACCCAAAAAGCAAAAAACUAAGAAGGAGAAGAAACCGAAGGCAGAACCUAUUGUAGAACCUGUGGUGCCAGAAGUAGAACCAAUUGUGGAAGCACCAAUUGUCGAAGAACCUGUGGUUGAAGUGACACUAGUCGAGGAAAUUACACCAGCUCCCGAGCCCGAAACAGCUCCACAACUAUCCUGGUCUACCAUUGUUUCCCAAACUACUGAGGUAACAACCGAGACUACCGAGACCCACGCCGUCGAAGCUCCUGAAGACAAUAUUGUGGAAGAAAAGCCCAAAAAGCAGAAGUCAAAGAAGGAGAAGAAACCGAAGGCAGAACCUAUUGUAGAACCUGUGGUGCCAGAAGUAGAACCAAUUGUGGAAGCACCAAUUGUCGAAGAACCUGUGGUUGAAGUGACACUAGUCGAGGAAAUUACACCAGCUCCCGAGCCCGAAACAGCUCCACAACUAUCCUGGUCUACCAUUGUUUCCCAAACUACUGAGGUAACAACCGAGACUACCGAGACCCACGCCGUCGAAGCUCCUGAAGACAAUAUUGUGGAAGAAAAGCCCAAAAAGCAGAAGUCAAAGAAGGAGAAGAAACCGAAGGCAGAACCUAUUGUAGAACCUGUGGUGCCAGAAGUAGAACCAAUUGUGGAAGCACCAAUUGUCGAAGAACCUGUGGUUGAAGUGACACUAGUCGAGGAAAUUACACCAGCUCCCGAGCCCGAAACAGCUCCACAACUAUCCUGGUCUACCAUUGUUUCCCAAACUACUGAGGUAACAACUGAGUCUACCGAGACCCACGCCGUCGAAGCUCCUGAAGACAAUAUUGUGGAAGAAAAGCCCAAGAAGCAAAAGUCAAAGAAGGAGAAGAAACCGAAGGCAGAACCCAUUGUAGAACCUGUGGUGCCAGAAGUAGAACCAAUUGUGGAAGCACCAAUGCUCGAAGAACCUGUGGUUGAAGUGACAACAGUCGAGGAAAUUACACCAGCUCCCGAGCCCGAAACAGCUCCACAACUAUCCUGGUCUACCAUUGUUUCCCAAACUACUGAGGUAACAACUGAGACUACCGAGACCCACGCCGUCGAAGCUCCUGAAGACAAUAUUGUGGAAGAAAAGCCCAAGAAGCAAAAGUCAAAGAAGGAGAAGAAACCGAAGGCAGAACCUAUUGUAGAACCUGUGGUGCCAGAAGUAGAACCAAUUGUGGAAGCACCAAUUGUCGAAGAACCUGUGGUUGAAGCGACACUAGUCGAGGAAAUUACACCAGCUCCCGAGCCCGAAACAGCUCCACAACUAUCCUGGUCUACCAUUGUUUCCCAAACUACUGAGGUAACAACUGAGACUACCGAGACCCACGCCGUCGAAGCUCCUGAAGACAAUAUUGUGGAAGAAAAGCCCAAGAAGCAAAAGUCAAAGAAGGAGAAGAAACCGAAGGCAGAACCUAUUGUAGAACCUGUGGUGCCAGAAGUAGAACCAAUUGUGGAAGCACCAAUUGUCGAAGAACCUGUGGUUGAAGCGACACUAGUCGAGGAAAUUACACCAGCUCCCGAGCCCGAAACAGCUCCACAACUAUCCUGGUCUACCAUUGUUUCCCAAACUACUGAGGUAACAACUACUACCGAGACCCACGCCGUCAAAUCUCCUGAAGACAAUAUUGUGGAAGAAAAGCCCAAGAAGCAAAAGUCAAAGAAGGAGAAGAAACCGAAGGCAGAACCUAUUGUAGAACCUGUGGUGCCAGAAGUAGAACCAAUUGUGGAAGCACCAAUUGUCGAAGAACCUGUGGUUGAAGCGACACUAGUCGAGGAAAUUACACCAGCUCCCGAGCCCGAAACAGCUCCACAACUAUCCUGGUCUACCAUUGUUUCCCAAACUACUGAGGUAACAACUGAGACUACCGAGACCCACGCCGUCGAAGCUCCUGAAGACAAUAUUGUGGAAGAAAAGCCCAAGAAGCAAAAGUCAAAGAAGGAGAAGAAACCGAAGGCAGAACCUAUUGUAGAACCUGUGGUGCCAGAAGUAGAACCAAUUGUGGAAGCACCAAUUGUCGAAGAACCUGUGGUUGAAGUGACACUAGUCGAGGAAAUUACACCAGCUCCCGAGCCCGAAACAGCUCCACAACUAUCCUGGUCUACCAUUGUUUCCCAAACUACUGAGGUAACAACUGAGACUACCGAGACCCACGCCGUCGAAGCUCCUGAAGACAAUAUUGUGGAAGAAAAGCCCAAGAAGCAAAAGUCAAAGAAGGAGAAGAAACCGAAGGCAGAACCUAUUGUAGAACCUGUGGUGCCAGAAGUAGAACCAAUUGUGGAAGCACCAAUUGUCGAAGAACCUGUGGUUGAAGUGACACUAGUCGAGGAAAUUACACCAGCUCCUGAGCCCGAAACUGCUCCACAACUAUCCUGGUCUACCAUUGUUUCCCAAACUACAGAGGUAACAACUACUACCGAGACCCACGCCGUCAAAGCUCCUGAAGACAAUAUUGUGGAAGAAAAGCCCAAGAAGCAAAAGUCAAAGAAGGAGAAGAAACCGAAGGCAGAACCUAUUGUAGAACCUGUGGUGCCAGAAGUAGAACCAAUUGUGGAAGCACCAAUUGUCGAAGAACCUGUGGUUGAAGCGACACUAGUCGAGGAAAUUACACCAGCUCCCGAGCCCGAAACAGCUCCACAACUAUCCUGGUCUACCAUUGUUUCCCAAACUACUGAGGUAACAACUACUACCGAGACCCACGCCGUCAAAUCUCCUGAAGACAAUAUUGUGGAAGAAAAGCCCAAGAAGCAAAAGUCAAAGAAGGAGAAGAAACCGAAGGCAGAACCCAUUGUAGAACCUUUGGUGCCAGAAGUAGAACCAAUUGUGGAAGCACCAAUUGUCGAAGAACCUGUGGUUGAAGUGACAUCAGUCGAGGAAAUUACACCAGCUCCCGAGCCCGAAACAGCUUCACAACUAUCCUGGUCUACCAUUGUUUCCCAAACUACUGAGGUAACAACUACUACCGAGACCCACGCCGUCGAAGCUCCUGAAGACAAUAUUGUGGAAGAAAAGCCCAAGAAGCAAAAGUCAAAGAAGGAGAAGAAACCGAAGGCAGAACCCAUUGUAGAACCUGUGGUGCCAAAAGUCGAACCAAUUGUGGAAGCACCAAUGCUCGAAGAACCUGUGGUUGAAGUGACACUAGUCGAGGAAAUUACACUAGCUCCCGAGCCCGAAACAGCUCCACAACUAUCCUGGUCGUCAAUUGUGUCUCAAACUACUGAGGUAACAACUACUACCGAGACCCAUGCCGUCGAAGCUCCUGAAGACAAUAUUGUGGAAGAAAAGCCCAAAAAGCAGAAGUCAAAGAAGGAGAAGAAACCGAAGGCAGAACCUAUUGUAGAACCUGUGGUGCCAGAAGUAGAACCAAUUGUGGAAGCACCAAUUGUCGAAGAACCUGUGGUUGAAGUGACACUAGUCGAGGAAAUUACACCAGCUCCCGAGCCCGAAACAGCUCCACAACUAUCCUGGUCUACCAUUGUUUCCCAAACUACUGAGGUAACAACCGAGACUACCGAGACCCACGCCGUCGAAGCUCCUGAAGACAAUAUUGUGGAAGAAAAGCCCAAGAAGCAAAAGUCAAAGAAGGAGAAGAAACCGAAGGCAGAACCUAUUGUAGAACCUGUGGUGCCAGAAGUAGAACCAAUUGUGGAAGCACCAAUUGUCGAAGAACCUGUGGUUGAAGUGACAACAGUCGAGGAAAUUACACCAGCUCCCGAGCCAGAAACUGCUCCACAACUAUCAUGGUCUACCAUUGUUUCCCAAACUACUGAGGUAACAACUACUACCGAGACCCACGCCGUCAAAUCUCCUGAAGACAAUAUUGUGGAAGAAAAGCCCAAGAAGCAAAAGUCAAAGAAGGAGAAGAAACCAAAGGCGGAACCUAUUGUGGAACCUGUGGUGCCAGAAGUAGAACCAAUUGUGGAAGCACCAAUUGUCGAAGAACCUGUGGUUGAAGUGACAUCAGUCGAGGAAAUAACACCAGCUCCCGAGCCCGAAACAGCUUCACAACUAUCCUGGUCUACCAUUGUUUCCCAAACUACUAAGGUAACAACUACUACCGAGACCCACGCCGUCAAAUCUCCUGAAGACAAUAUUGUGGAAGAAAAGCCCAAGAAGCAAAAGUCAAAGAAGGAGAAGAAACCGAAGGCAGAACCCAUUGUAGAACCUGUGGUGGCAGAAGUAGAACCAAUUGUGGAAGUACCAAUUGUCGAAGAACCUGUGGUUGAAGUGACAACAGUCGAGGAAAUUACACCAGCUCCCGAGCCAGAAACUGCUCCACAACUAUCAUGGUCUACCAUUGUUUCCCAAACUACUGAGGUAACAACUACUACCGGGACCCAUGCCGUCGAAGCUCCUGAAGACAAUAUUGUGGAAGAAAAGCCCAAGAAGCAAAAGUCAAAGAAGGAGAAGAAACCAAAGGCGGAACCUAUUGUGGAACCUGUGGUGCCAGAAGUAGAACCAAUUGUGGUAGCACCAAUUGUCGAAGAACCUGUGGUUGAAGUGACAACAGUCGAGGAAAUUACACCAGCUCCCGAGCCCGAAACUGCUCCACAACUAUCAUGGUCUACCAUUGUUUCCCAAACUACUGAGGUAACAACUACUACCGAGACCCAUGCCGUCGAAUCUCCUGAAGACAAUAUUGUGGAAGAAAAGCCCAAGAAGCAAAAGUCAAAGAAGGAGAAGAAACCGAAGGCAGAACCUAUUGUAGAACCUGUGGUGGCAGAAGUAGAACUAAUUGUGGAAGCACCAAUUGUCGAAGAACCUGUGGUUGAAGCGACACUAGUCGAGGAAAUUACACCAGCUCCCGAGCCCGAAACUGCUCCACAACUAUCCUGGUCUACCAUUGUUUCCCAAACUACUGAGGUAACAACUACUACCGAGACCCACGCCGUCAAAUCUCCUGAAGACAAUAUUGUGGAAGAAAAGCCCAAGAAGCAAAAGUCAAAGAAGGAGAAGAAACCGAAGGCAGAACCCAUUGUAGAACCUUUGGUGCCAGAAGUAGAACCAAUUGUGGAAGCACCAAUUGUCGAAGAACCUGUGGUUGAAGUUAAGUCUUCUGCUAAUGUUCCACCACCACUUGUCAUGUCUUGGUCUUCUAUUGUUUCUCAGAAUGAAACUCAGAAUGGAGUGCCAUGCCGAACUGAACUGGACACCAGUGUUAAAACAAAAUCAAAGAAGGAUAAGAAACCAACCAAUUCCGUUCCCGAAGCCCUCUCUAAAGAUAAUGUUGAUCAACCAGAAUCUUCUCUUUCUAAGCCUUUAUCAUGGUCAACACAAGUUUUCCUGACUACGGAAUCCGAUGCCGAUGUGAAUAAAAAGGCACAGAAUUCACCAAAGUCUCGUGUUAUUAACAACUUCAUUGCACAGGAACAGCAUUUCUCUAAUGUGGUUAAUGACAAAUCUAAAAAUAAUAAAUCCAAAAAGGAGAAGAAACACAAUAAGAUGGAACCAAUAAAACAGCCUGUGGCUGAGAAUGUGUCAGUUACAGAAGAAAUAAUAUUAGCUAAUAAUAAGAAACCAGUUCCUGACAUUUUGCCAACACAAACUUUAUCGUGGUCAUCGAUUGUGUCUCACAAUAUAGACCUGACGCCAACAUUCACUGAAACGCGGCUCUCUGAAAAGGAUGAAGUAAUUCCCACACCACACGACAACAGAGAGAUUGUUUCUGCACAAUUUGAUCUGCCAACAUACGUCGAUGAACCACAUAGAAAGGAUCAGCAGCCUCAAGCACAAAUCGUGGAAACCCCAGUGGAAAUAGAUAAUACCUCAGGGUCAAUCACUCCAGAGUUUAGCAUCCAGCUUCCGACCCCAGCCAAACCUUCAGUCUGGUCAUCGUCAGAAACUUAUGCCGAAGUAGUUAAAAAAUCUGGCUACAGUCACAACACAAACAUAAUAUACAAGAAUAUUGAAACCGUCAAGCCAAAACAAAUCCAAAAACCACAGGCUCCCGAAGUCCAGCAACAAGAAGUUGUGGGAGAGUUCCCUGAUCCCAUCAUUCCAUCUGUUGAAAAUACAGAAACAGAAACCUAUUUCGAGAAACCACCUCAGUUGUCUUGGAAGGAACUUAUUGAUGAGGAUGAUGUAGAUCCGACGGAGAUUUGGUUCCAAGAACCAAUACAUACACAGGACCCAACGCCACAAAGGCCCUCUCGAACUACUGAGAAACCAUCAAUACAGAUAUCCGAAGAAGUUUCCACAGAAAUAGAACACCAGCCUGAAAGCGAUCAAGGAUUUUUGGAAAUAACAUCAAAGAAAAGAAAUCGAUCUCGAUCGCGAUCACAACACUCUCCGACUUCUAACGUAGAUGAAAAACCACAAAAGAAAAAAUCGAAGAAACCAAAAGAAAAGAAACCGGAAAUCCUUGUCCAGCAACCAAUCGAACCGAUAAGUGUUGAACUUUCUCAGGAAGUUAAACAAGAACAAGAAGUUAAGGAAUCUUCAGCUCCUGUACCGUCUCCGGUCACAUCUGGGAUGUCUUGGGCAGCGAUAGCUGCGCACAAUGUACCAGAACCUGCUCAACAAAUAAGACCCCUUUUGGUAGAAACGAAAUCGGUUGUGGUUGAAGACGUUAAGAAUCCUAGAUUUGGUCAACCAGUUAGCAUACCAUUGACCUUUGAAAGUUCUGAAUCAAAGACGAAGAAACCAAAACAAAAGCCCAAGCGGAAGUCGCCUACUGAUGUGGUUGAUUUCAUAAACGCAGAAAAAUCCUCUCACCAAGCAUCUCCAACAACACAAACACAAAAAACCGAGCAGCAAGAUGUAACUGAGAAACUUUCUCCAAUAGCGCCACUAGUGGAGUCCGUGGAUACUGCAGUUGUAUCGAAGAAUGAAAUACCAGCAGCUGCGUACGAAGCGCCCCUGGCACCAUUUGAGCCCGUACCAUUUGACUCUGAACCCCUUCCUUCUCCAAAAGAGGAAUCUCCUGUUCCUUUAGUCGAUGAAACCAGUCUGAUCACUACUGUAACCACCACCACCACCACAGUAACUACUGAAAAGCUCAGUGAGAUUCCUGUCACAAAAGACAUUGCCAAGCCUGAGGAGCCGAAAAAACCAGCCUACGCAGGUCUUCCUGUAGACGAAUCAUCAGGUUCUUGGAUGGAAGUUUUGGAUGAACCAAUGAACUUUUCGGACGAAGAUGAACCAGUUUCUGAACCCCAAAAGGAGAUCACAACUGUAACCACAAGCACAGUGACCACCGAAACGCUCAGCGAGGUACCAUCUAGCACGCCCUUGGCACCGUUUAUAAAAACACCCGAUUUCAUUGAAACGACUCCUAUUUGUGUACCAGUGGAAACUGUACCAGUUUCUGAGCCCCAAAAAGAGGUUAUAAUUGUCGAAAAGGUAUCCGAACCCGAACCGAUUGUGGAGGUGCCUGUUAUCGAUGAAACUCAGACCAUCACAACUGUAACCACCACCACAGUCACCACCGAAAAGGUCAGCGAGGUUCCUGUUCCCGAGGAAAUCAAAAAGCCAGAGGAACCUGAGAGGAAACCUGAGGAGCCCAAGAAACCAGCCUACGCCGGUCUGCCUGUUGACGAUUCAUCCAGUUCUUGGAUGGAUGUGUUGGAUGAGCCAAUGAACUUCUCUGAUGACGAGGAAGAAGUUUCUGAGCCCCAAAAGGAGGUCCCAACUGUAACCACAACCCAGGUCACUACUGAAACGGUCAGCGAGGUACCAUCUAGCACGCCCUUGGCACCGUUUAAAGAUACACCGGAAUCUGUAGAAACGAUGUCUGUGCCAAUGGAAACUGUAGUGGAGCCUUCAGUGGUUACUGAAAUUGUAACAAUUAAAGAUGGAAAAACACCUCUUGCUCCGUUUGAGGAUGUACCAGCUGAUCCAAAUGAAGAAGAUUCCUUCGUUUGUGAGACAUCCUACUGGUCCGCAACAUUAAAGCCAGGACAAAAGACAACAAAUACAACUGGAAGAACAGAGUUGGAGCCUAACAAUCCAAUUACAUUUACCAUUCCUAACGAACAAAUCGUAGAGGAAGUAUCUGUGCAGUCGCCUAUUGAUCAGCCAACAACAUGGUCAGCCAUCGUACAAACUGAGGCCACUGUUUUCCCAGCAUCCGAGGAAGAGGAGAAUCCAGAGUCACCGGCUUGGUCCACUGUUAUUGUGAGCCAAACCACAGAUUUCCAAACUCCCAAGCCCAUAAGCGAUGUGGUAGAGGAUCAGAGUAAAACAACUACAACAACCUAUGUAACAACUACUGUAACUACCCACAAGGAUGCAUCCAUCGUGGAUGAUGAGCCUCCUGCAACAUCCUAUGUAUCGACUGUUGUAACCAGCCACACAAGUGAUUUGAAUUUGGAUGGUGAACCGUCGAAGGAUGCAGACAUAGCAACAACAGCAACUUCAAGCAAAAUCAUUGAGGUUUCUCAACCAGAGAGCCUUGUCGAUAAUCUUUUCCGCGAGGGAUUCCAAUUGCAUCCUCAGUAUGACCUGCUGCAAGGACAAUAUCAACAAUUGCAGGUGGUAAGCAAACAUCAAGAGCAGGAAGAGCCUGUUGCAACCAAAAUAACUGAGGAGGUGUCCUCUAUUGAAGAUUAUGUGAUAAUUGAACCCGAAGCAAUACCCCAAAUCAACUCUGAAAUUCUUGCUGUCAAUUUAUACCUUGACCAGCAAAACCUUUUGCCCAAAUCCUUCAUAGAUGUUGACCUAAUUAGUGAGUUGGUAUCAAAACCAACCGAAAAACUAUCUGAGCUUGUUGUAGAAAAAGAACCUGCAGUUGAGGUAACCAAGGUAAAGGAUAGUGUCGAAGAAGUUUCUCCUGAACCCAUUGCUAAUGAUAAGUCGCUUGAGGUAGAAUCUCCCAUUCUAGCCGAAUCCCUUCCAGCAAAAUCGAGUGAUUUGCCCUGGCAUCUCAGUCAAGACGAUUUCGUCAAGCUAAUCAAUCACUACAGGCAGGUGGCAGUCGAUGCUUAUGCAUUGCUGCCCAGGGAAUCCACUGUUGACAGGACCAAAGCUCAGGAAACUCAAGACGAAAAGCAUAAGACUGACAUUACAGAAACUGUAGUGACCACCACGACGACCACGAUUACGGAUCGCGUUGUUGAAAAGACUGAACCAGAAGCAUCGUCAUUACCAAUCAUUCCUAUCGCCGAGCCAUUAGCAGCACCAGCACCGCCCACUGGCGAUCUCGAUCAGUUGCGCUUGAAUCUGUAUCUAGACGACUGGCAGUCGCCUAAGCUAGAUGCGGAUUUGGUCAAUGAUUCGAUUGGUCUAGAGAAGCGUGCUGAUGCCCCUACUAGCGAAGCGGAACCCGACAAAGACAAGAAGCAGCCAGAUGAUGCUACUGCAACACCAGACAAGGACGACAAGGACAGCGACGACGACGAUGACGACGACGACGAUGAUGGGGAUAAGCCCACUGUGCCUGAAAUUCGAAAGCCAAACGACGACGACGAUAAACCGAACGACCGCGAUCCUGGUAGCGGUAGUAGUGGUAACGUGACCCCCACACCCGAACAUGACACUCAGUACGGUCAGAACCGUAGCUGCUCGUCAGAGUACAGGUCUGCGGAUCUGCCGGGCGGUGUGGGCCACUGGCGGGAUCAGAGUACUUAUCUGGCUUUAGAAGCCGAACAGCAGCCUCAGGUUAAACUAGGAGAUGAAUCUGUAUCUGUACUAACCGAAACUAAAACCACAAGCCCCGUACCCGAACCCGAACCCGAACCCGAAACAGCCCCUGAAACAAGCCCCAGUACUACUACUAGUACUACUACAUCCCUUAACGUUGCAAAUGCACUAAUCCAAUUGGCGAGCGCCACAACUCACACGCUGACCGCAAAGGCAAACGCAGCGGCCGCAGCAACACAGGCAGCAGCUCUGGUGGCAACCAGUGCCCUGUUGCCAGUUGCCACAGCCGUAGUCGAUAAGCUGACAACGACAACGACAACACCAGCGGUGGAUACACCAGUGGAAGCGCCAGUGGAGGCAGUCGCCGAAACACCAACAGCAACAUCGGCAACUCCCGUGCCUCUUGCAAAACCGGACGUUGCACCUGAAACAGCAACAUCAUACACCGAAACUACAACAACCACGAGCAGCAGCACGGAUGAGGCGGUGGAUGCCGUCGCAUCGCAACCCAUUGACAGUGCGGGUGUAAUAAAGCGCACCACCACGACAACCACAACCGUAACGACAACAACCACAAUAGAAACACCAUCUAGCACCACAACGACAACAACUACAACAUCAGGCAGCAGCAGCAACGAUCUGCUAGAACAACGCCAGAAGGAAUCAUUUGCGCAAGAACUCGACGAACUGCUACAAUCGCUCUCGAGCGUCGAGGAUGGCAUCGCUAACAUGAACCAGAGCAGCCUGGAGGGCAUGCUACAAGGACUGAAGCUAAUCCAAAGCAAUCUCGAAGCGCACGAAAGGGACGCCCACCAGUUGAAGGAGCAGGCAAAGAACUUGCCUACGGAUCCUGCCACCGAACGUCUUCUCAACGAGACCGUGGAUCGCAUUGACUUGCUCCUACGACGCACCCAGCAAGGCAUCACCAUGAUAGCGAAUGCUAUGCAUGGCCAGAAGAAGCGGCAGGAGGAGAUCGAUGAGUAUCAGCAGCAUCUGCUGGAGCUGGAACGCUGGAUCAUAGAGGUUUCGGCCGAGCUGGCCUCCUUUGAACCCACCUCGGAUAGCAGCACCGAUGAGCAGGUGCUUAAGUCGCAGGUGGAGCGCAGCCAGCAAUUGUUGCGAACCCUCAAGGAUCGCCAGCAGUCCAUGGAGGAUUUGGUGGAGCAGACACGACAACUACAGUCGCAUCCCGAUGUGGCGCCACUGGCCGACACCCUGAUGGAGCAACUGCAGAGCAUCAUUACCAUUCUGCGGGAACAGGUCACGGUGGCCACCAGGCGCGUCUUUACCAUUGAGAAACGUAUCGUGGACCUGCGCAAAGCCAAGACCGAGGAGGCGCAAAGACAGCGUGUGCUGGCCGACGCCCUCAUCAUGCCACCCACAGAGGUUCAGCCUGAACAACCGCACGAGUCCAUCGAAUCCAAUGAGGAGAACACCAUCGAUUCCAGUUCCAUGCCGGAGGAGGAGGUUAAGCCCACUGGAGUUUAUGUGGAGACACAAACGUCGCUGAGCCUGCAACAGCCCCCAGCUGCAGUUGUGGUAAAAACCACCACCGUGGAGGCUCAGACAAGCUUCAAGGAACCGGCAGUGGAAACGGCUGAGGUGGCUCUGCAGACCCAGAAGGAGCGGUCGCCCACCGAGAACAUCAUGGUCACACAAACCGUGCAACACGGCAAGGAAACUAUCCAAAUCGAUACAACUCGCAACCAGGAUGUACCUGACCAGCCGGAAGAUGUCCAGAUUGAGGCACGAUACCAUCAGAAGCCUCAUGGCGAUGUGGAUCGGGCCACCGAGUUGAUCCUGAAGAACGUUCCUCAGGCAUUCGAGACCACGUUCGUGGAGCCGGAUGAAACGACCACCGAAGUGGUUGUGGGACCUGACGGAACCAAGCACAUAGUUCUCAAGAAGGUGACCAGAACCCGCCAGCAGAUUGUGCAGCAGCAGCAGAUCAGCUCCAUUGAGACGAUCAGCGAUUCGGAUGGUAAUAUCGAGGUGCACUCCACCGGCCAGAUCAACCUGGAGAAUGUGCAGACCACGGACACCAAAGCUGAUCCGCAAGAGGGCAGUAUCCAGACCGUGAUUACACAGCAAACCCGAGGCGCAGUAGUGGACUCCUCCCAGCCUGAAGGCGUUGUCCUGCAAGAGUUCGAAACUGAGCCCAUUAUUGAGACAUACGAGGAGGUAAUUGCCCCAGGAAGCGCACAGCAACUGAUUCCGGCGGAUGUUCAGACCCAAGGCAGCAUUCGAGCCGUGGUGCAGCAGGUUACCCGAAAGGUGAUCCGCAAGACCCGUAAGAUCAUCAAGCGCGUGGUCAUCAUCGACGGCAAGGAGCACAUUACUGAGGAGGUGGUGGAGGAGCCCGAAGAGAUCGAAGUCACCGAAGAGGAAACUGCGCCGCACAUUAACGUCAACAUUGUGCGUACGGUGAACGGAAAGGUGGUAACCGAGGAGGAGUUCCAGCGCAUGAUGCAGGAGCCCGGCGUGGUUAUCGAAGAAGUUGCCACGGAUCUGUCCAAGCCAACCGCAGAGCCGCAGCAACAGGUAUUUGAUAUUGAGUCUACCCAAGGCACCACAAUCACCACACAAGAACAAGAACAAGUACUAGAACAGAAACAUCCAGAACAACAGACACCAACUGAAACGAUCAAAGAAGCACCCGUAGAGUUGCCAGCACCUCAAGUAGAUGUUGAACAACCCGUAGAAGUCGCCUCUACCAGUCCCGUUCCUGUUCCUGUUCCAACAGCGGUUCCUGUAACUGCAGCCAAAGAGUCCCCAACUCCAGCCACCACCUCCCCAGACAUCCUAGAUGAGCCGAAGGUGGUCGAGGACAUCCACGAAAUCUGGCCACUGGAACAUCAUCUGAAUCCCACCAACAUUGACUUCUCCCAGCACCUCGAAGACGUAGCACCUGCACAAAUUAUCACAUCCGAAGAAACUGGACCUGCAUCGAUGCCAGUGGAGGAAAUUUGGCCCACGAGUCCAGAGACCGGCAACUCCUUGACCCUACAGCAGUAUGAAUUCGAGCCACAAGCGGCUCCAGAUCAGACCGUUAAAUCGGAAAAGAGUGAGCCGGAAGAGCCUGAAGUUAGCCUAGGCAGUAUUACCAUUAGCAAGACUAUAACCACCAUCACCAGCCCCCGCGACCCGUUGAAGGAGCCUGUUAGUGUACAGGAUAUUCCAUCGGAGGCUUCCUUCAUAAAUAAGACUGAAUUGCAGAGCUUCUUGGAAGCAGAACAAAAAUUGGCAGCCACAUUAAAGGAACAAUCUUCACCGGUUUCCGAUACGGCCGUAUUGGAAGUUGAAGUUUCCGAAAGCAAGGAGCCUGUGGCGAAAGAGGAGCCUGAAAAACCGGAACCAGUUAAGGAAUCUGUACCACAAAAGGCGGUAGAAGAAAUUGUAACCGUUGAAACGACUGAACAGAAACCUGUAGACACUAUUUUGGAGAAGAAUCCCGCUCCCAGCCAGACUGACCUGCGCGUGGCCACUCAGCUCUUCAUCUCUGGUGAAGCAGCUGCUUCCACGGCGCCCCAGAAAUCCUUCCAGAUCACCGCUCCUUCUCUCGAAGACAAUGGUGACGGCGUUUUAAAGGUUGUGCUGGGCAAGGAAACCACCACGGAGGACGAUUCCACUGCCCCAACUAGCGGCAAGGUUAGCAUGACCAUUAUUGAGACUGCAGCUGCCCCAGCCGCCGACGCCAAGCGGCGUCGAAAGAAAAAGAAGAGAAGAGAUACAAAAUCUGAAGGUGAACCCGAACCAGAACAAGAAGCCAUUAAGGAGCCCGAGGCGUCGCCAGAGUCUGAGGACUCGCACCAGGAUCCUGUGCGCCAUGAAUCCGUUGUGGAGAUCAGCGCUGAAAGCGAUUUGUCCAGCAUUGAAGUGGAACCAAAGGUCAAGGUAGUAGAAGAUGCCAUCGUUUCACCGCCCUCGGAAUCGCCCAGGGCACCAAUGGUCGAGUUGGUGAUUCCCACAGAAGUUGUGGAGCUGUCAAUAGUGGAGGAUGAGGAGCAACAAACCACACCACGCGUUCCCUCGCCCACUGAAGCGCCCGAACCGGUAGAGCAGGAUAUCAAAUCCGUACAGACAUCGCCGCAACACCAGCCCACAUUGGAUGAGAUCGCUGUGCAGACGAGCAUAGAUGUCCAUCCAGAAAACCAGGAGAAUGAAUCGCAGACUUUGAUUGUGGAAAUUACGGAGACCGAGGCUCAAACCACUCCCAGGAGCGAAGAGAAGCCGGAGGCUGUUGAGGUUUCCACCACUGAAAUGCAAACCGAUGUUAGUGGCCAGCCUGCUGAUACUGUGGAGAUCUCCAGCCAGACGACUGUGACCACCACCAUUGAGAAGGAGCUGCAAACCACGCCCAAGGAAUCUCCUCGUGCCCCUGAGCCUGGCAGUAGCGAUGUGGUCGAAUAUUUGGUUCAUGAUCUGGUAAAGGACAUGACUACCGAUCUGCCAGUGGCCACUACGGAGCAAUCGACAGUGACCGAAACCACCACAACCACUGAAACGCAUGUCCAGACAACUACUCCAGAGCCAAGGGAACAAGUUGAAAGUAUUAAGCCAGAAACUACCAACGAGGAGACUUCCACGGUGGAGCUGGUGCAAGUUACAGAUGGUGAGAUGCAGACCACGCCCCGUGGAGAUCAGCAGCCCGCAUCCCUGGACGACAACUCACUGACUGCCACAUCGAUCUCCAUUUCGGAACCCUACGAACUGGAAGUGAAGACCACAGUGGCCAUUCCUGCCGAUUCUGAUACCUCUAUCGCUGAGCCCACGGUCUACGAAUACACACAGACCAUGCAGUUGCCCAAACAGGACAAGAAAAAAUCCAAGAAGGACAAAAAGAAGCAGAAGGAAGCUCAGAAGGAUACGGAGGAACCGCAGCAGCGCCCAGAGGAGCCACAAAUCAGUGUCACGGUAGAAAUCGCACCCGAGUUGCUCUCCGAAUCAGGUAUUGUGGUGUCCACCAAUCAGGAAAUUGAAGAGAUCGAAGAUGUGCCACAUGUUGCACCCGUAGUGGAGGCUCCAAUUGUGCCAGAAGACGCAGAGUCGCCAAGAGCACAGAAAGUGCAACUUCAGAUCACCAAGACCACCGUUUACGAAGAGUUCCCCAAUCUGCCAGUCCACAUCACAGAGCAGAACAAGGUCCUGAUUGCAUCCCAGCAAAGCAAACGAUCCGGAGCCGGGCCCAAUUCUUCCGCGGUGACCAUUGAAGAGGUGGCAUCACCUACCGAGGAGUUGGUGGUUCCCAUUACACCCGGACCAGAUAAUCUCGCCGACGAGCCCAGCAACGUGUGGUUCAGUGCUACGACCAGUGUGGAUAAGACGCCCAUUGAGCUCACCCAGGCCCUGAUCAUGAGUGAGAGCCUGCAGCACUAUCCAGGACAACAAAAGCAACUGAAGCAUCAGCCCAUCCUUGUAUCGACAAAGGAGGCCAUUGGGGAUCGCAUUAAGCAGCUGAAACAGGCGGCCCCGCAACAAUCCACGCCCCUGAGCAAUGUGCUCCACUUGGCCACACUGUCGGAACAGAUCAAGGAUGUGCCUACGGAGCAGCGCCUCCUGGAAGUGAACGAAGGCCUUCAAGACCUGGAUGCUGCCAUCAAAACCGGAGACAAGACCGUCAUCCAAACCACUGUAAUCACCGUCAUUGAGAAGGUGUCUACUUGGCUGGAGACGAUCGAGUAUCGUGUGUACCUCAUCCGCCAAAACUCUAACGAAGGACCCUCCGAAGAGAAGCUGGACAACUACAACCAGCUCAAUGAGGAACUCAGCGCCAUCAAGCAUAAUGUUGGCCAGUUGGAGCGGCAAUUGUCGAAUGCGGAGCCAGAACUGCUCCAGUGCGUGGACUCUCUGAAGGAACACGUGGAUGCAGUGGAACAGGUGACGCAGCAGAACCAAGUGCAGGAUAGCAAUGAUCUGGACAAGUGGCACAGCUUUGAGGUGCUCUUGUACAACGUGUCCUCUGUUCUGUCGCAGCUCCAGCAGCGGUACGAUAAUCUGACCAAUCAGGACUAUCCCCUGUCUGCCAAACUCUCUCUCCUUGAUGAGUUGGAGGAACAACACGAGGCGGCCCAGAAGGAGCUGGCUCAACUUUGCCAGAACGCCCGCGCCUUCCAGAGGGACUUCCCGGGCAAGAAGAUGCCCCAGGACGUACACAAUGCCUUCGAAACCAGCAAGAAUAUUGGCAACAAUAUCCAAGCUGAAAGGGAGCGCGUUCUGCAACUGCAAUCUCUGGCGGAGGAGUACGAACAGACCCUCAAGGAGUUCACCAACAUCACCGUACUGGCGGAUAAGCUGGUCGAGAGCCCUAUAGUUUCCAGUUCCCUGGAGCAGCUGAACAACGAAGUGCAGAAACAGCGCAAGUUCUUUGUGAACUUGAGCCAUUGCCGUGCCAUGUUGGAAUCUCUGGAGGAGAACAUCGACAGCGAGACUCGCGAGAAACACUCGGAACUGCACAAGGAGCUGUACAACAGAGCCACCAUCCUACUGGAUAAGGCAUCGGAGCGGUCGUCGAAAUUGGUUCAGGCCGCCUCCCGUUGGACGGUCCUGGAGAAGGGCAUGCGGGAUGAGCUGCAGUGGCUCCAAGUCGCCCAGCAGCGUGUGCCUGAUCUAUCGGCUGUGACCUCGGCGGACUACGACCAGUACACCACGCUCUACCAAUCCCUGAGCAACGACAUCUCCCACCACUACGUGAAGAUGACCCAGCUUUCUGGAAUUGCCAACAAAUUGCAACAGCUGGUCCAAGCCCCCAAUCUCGUCGAGGAAACCAAUGAGGCAUUGAUCGUACUCCUGAAGCUGCGCGAAGAGGUGGCUCUUUAUCUGCACCGCCUGCUGGUCUUCAAGGAGAUCUGGGUGCAGUACGAGCAGCAGACCGACAAGCUCGAGGCAUUCGUCCGCGAGGCGGAGCAGGAACUUCGGCAAAUACAGAUUCCGGCCCAGCCCACCCAGCAACCCAUCGAGCAUAUGCGUCAGUUCUGGGAGAUCAAGGCCCGCUUCGAGCUGCACAACAAUGUGCGGACCGAGGCUGGUCACAGCUUCGAGAAAUCCCUACAAGUCAUCCCACUGGCCGACGAGAUGCUCCAGCGGCAAUUCCAUGCCCAGCUGGAGGAUCGCUGGCAGGCCGUGGCCCAGGCCAUUGAGCUCAUCCAGCACAACAUUGUGGAGUCCCUGUCAUCGGAGGACGUGCCCGCAGACGAGAAACUCAAGCUGGUGGAGCGGGAACUACAGGAGAUCUACCUGACCAUGACCAGCAUGAAGGGUGUGAUCAAAAACGAGGAGGAACUCUGCCUUUACAUCGAGCGCGUCCAAGUCCUGCGCACCCGCGUCGGAUUUAUUGGCAAUGAGCUGGGCAGGAUUGGCCUGCAAGAGCCGGCAGUGGAGCCUGAAAAGGUGGGCGAGCUAUUCGCCCUCUCGCACAAGAUCAGUACCCAGAUAGCCGAAGAACUCGAGGGUGCCUCCGUGCUGCGGGAUCAACUGCAAGCCAUCCAGGAGGGCAUCAGCAACCAGCGUAAACACCAGGCCAAGAUCUCGGUCAUUCUCGAUGAGUGUGAAGCCGCCGAGAGGCAGGGAGCUGAUGUUCUCGAAAAGGCCGUCGCCGACUGCCAGAAUGUUGGCGAGGAGCUGGUGACCAGCUGGCAGGAGAUCAUGCGCAUCCGUCAGAUGCUCCACACCCUGCCCAUGCGCCUCAAGAUGUCCGUGUCGCCGGUCAAGCUGGAACGGGAUAUCUCACAGCUGCAGGACGACCACGCCUUCCUCGAGAGCAAGUGCACCAACAUAAUGGGUAUCCUGCGAAACCGACUGGCCAUCUGGCUGCGCUACGAGCGCCAACUGGAGCUGGUCCAUGGCUCCGUUCAGGAAACAGACUUCAUGAUGGAACUGAUCCGCGUCCAUGGCCAGGUCGACUACGAGCGCCUGCGUAAGGCCACCGAGCGAUUAGAGGGACUGGCCGGCGAUCUGCAGAACCGCGAACAACUGAUAGACGAGCUAAAGGGAGCUGCCAAACCCCUCAUCGAGAGCUGUGAUGUCCAGAUUGUGGAGCAGAUCGAGUCGGCGGUCCAGGAGGCGGUAGUUGCCUGGAAUGAUACCAGCGAGAACCUCCAGCAGCUCCGCACCCGCUACCAGAGAGCCGUCGAACUGUGGGACAAGUACCGCAACGCCUCCGCGGCCGUAAAGAGUUCAAUUGACCAGCAAAUGGACACCGUGAAGUCCCUGGAGCAGCCCUUGGAUACCCUGCACCAUGCCAAGGCCUGCCAAGACAACCUCAACACCCAGAAUGACCGAAUCUUGGAGCUGCGCGACAUUGUGGCCAAGAUCGCCGCCGAUGUCGGCCUGGAUGCCUCCGCCCUGAUGCAAGGCGAACUGGACGCACUGGGCCAGAGGUUGGCCGAGUGCAAGGAGGCCAUCACAACAUUGGCCAACGUGGCUGAAUCACAGGACAAGGAGCGCAAGGAGCUCGACAAGGAGGUGACGCUGGCCAAGGCGUACUUCAACAAUGUCCAGCAGGAUAUUUCCCGCGAGCCACCACAAAAUCCCAGAGAGAGCGAGGAGCAGUUGGCCGCCCUGCGUGCCCAUCUCCAGACCUUGGCCCGCACGGAGGAGCAGCUGCGUCAGCUGAAGGAGCGCCAACAAAACAACGAGGUGGCACCUUCAGUGACUGGACCCGAUGACGAUGGCAUCCUGGAGGUUUUAGCCCUGUGGCAGAAGAUCUUCCAGGACACUUUCCAGGAGUACCAUCGCCUGUCCACGCGCCUUGCCCGCAGCCAGAAUAGCUCGGAGGCGUUGCGCUUGUGGCGUCAGUACCUGCAGCAUGUGCAGUCGUUCCUGUCCUGCGCCAUACCGGAGGAUUACGGCAGCCUGCGGGAGCAGCAGCAGCUGUGUGCCAUCCACCAGAACCUGCUGAUUUCGCAGCAGAGUGUGCUGUCGGAGAUGCCACUGGAAUCGGAGGUAUCCGAGCAAUACAAGGCUCUGACCAAUCUUCACAAUGAAACUCUCUCGAGGAUCAUGCAGCGAAAUGGCGAGCUAGAGCGCCGCGUGAGUGGCUGGAAUGCUUAUCGCCAGCAGUUGGCCGCCCUUUUGGACUGGCUGCGCCAGCGGGAAGUGGAGCGGAAUGCCCUGCAGCUGAGGUACAUUCACCUGAAGCGAGUGCCCCACCUGAAGAACCGCCUUGACGCCAUGCUCCAGCAACUGGACCAAGGCGAACAGCAAAGCAAGGCUCUGCAGGAGCAGCAACAGGAGCUAUCCCGCCACUGCGACGAUGCCCUGGCCACUGCCAUGCGCAUGGAGCAGGCCAGUAUUGGUCAGCGAAUCGGAAACCUUCGUGCCGCACUGAAGACCUGGCAAGGAUUCCUGCAGCGCAUCACCCAGCUAUCGGAAAGCUAUGAGCAGCGUGUGCAGCAGUUGCAGAUGGAAUUCGGAGCAGCUCAACAGCUUCUGGAGGCCAAUAGCAGCGAAUCCCUGCCCACUCAGCCGGCGGCCAUUGAACAACUGCUGGGAGCCCUGCGAUCCCAGCGCGUCCAGUUGGGUGCCCAAGUGCCCGCCCUUGAAGGACUCACGGUCACCCAGGAGGAGCUCAAGGAGUGCAUCAGCCCGCACGAUAUGAAGACCAUUCGCCAGCGCAACUGGCUGCUCUGGCAGCAGCACGCUGAUCUGGACUACCAACUAGCCAACCUGAUCAACUCAAUCGAGGAGCGGCUGUCCCUGCUGUCCAACUACCAAAUCAGAUACGAGCGCAUCUCCCACUGGCUGCUACGUUUGGAGCAGCGGGUGGAAAAGGAUGCGGAUGUGACGGCCAUGGCGAACCCCGAACAGGCGGCCAAGCAGCUGGAGCAGCAAAUUAACUCUGAGCUGCAACUGCGAGACAAGGAGCGUGAGUGGAUUCUGUCCACCGGACGGGAACUACUUACCCUCUACGCGGAGCCGGAAGUUCGUUCCCAAGUGCAACAGCAGAGCGAUAACCUCAUCGACCGUUGGCAGCGACUGAAGUACCUGUGCAAACAGAGGGCCACCAAGAUCGGGGAGCUGAAGAUGACUCUGCUCCGACUGGAGGAGAGGAUAGCCCUGAUUCGCGCCUGGCUCUUCGAGGUGGAGUCCCAGCUAGACAAGCCCCUGAGCUUCGAGAGCUACACCCCCAAUGUGAUAGAAGCUAAACUGAAGGAGCACGAGCAGAUCCAGCGAUCCAUUGAACACCACAGCAGUAAUGUGGGCGAGGUGCUGAACCUCGUUGAGAUGAUGCUGAACGAUGCUGACAGCUGGCGUACGCAGGUGAACACCUCCGGGCUGGCUAUCUCCACCCAGAAUCUCGAGCAGCGCUGGAAAAAUGUGUGCAACCAGUCGGCGGAGCGCAAGCAGCGCAUCCUGACCAUCUGGAAUCUGCUGCAGCAGCUGAUCAAGCUAACAGCCGAGCACAAGAACUGGCUGGGCAAGCAGGAGGGUCAACUGACUGGCUACGAAAGGGACCAAAAAUCCCACAGCAAGAACAAGCUGGAGGAGCGCCAAAAGGAGCUCAAGGCCAAGCUGGAGGAACUGGAAAGCCAGUCUGUGAACCUCCGCCAGCUGGAGCAGAUUUAUGCCAAACUGACGAUGAGUGCCGGCGUGGAGCCGGAGAACAUCCAGAAGCUGACACUUCCCACAAAGGUAAUGGUGAGCAUGUGGCGCCAGUUGAUACCUCGCUGCCAAGCCCUUCUGGAUGCCAUCGACAAGGAUGCGAAAAUAUUGCGAGAAUUCAACAACGCCCAACUGGAGGCCACCAACUCCUUGAAUGCCAUUCAAAAGGCCCUCGAGCAGCUGCCCAGCCUGGAGGAUCAGCAGAGCUCCAAGGCUGACCCAAAAGUGGUCAUCCAGCGAUUGGAGAGCCUGGAGAAGAAGCUGCAGGAUGCCCAACAGCAUGUCCAGCAGGCUGACAACCUGGCCCAGGAGGCCAAGGCCAGGACCAAGCAGCAACCGCAACUGAAGCAACUCCUAGAACUAAUCACCGCCUACACCACUCUCUGGCAGACUGUUCAGACGAGGAUCGUUACCCUCAAGACCAGUUGGCUGACUCGGGCGGCUCAGGCAGCCGCCGCAGCUGCUGUUCCCGUGGCAGAAGCCGCAAACGCCGCCAUCCAAGUGAACACCCUGUCUCAAAGGAAACUGCGACAGACACAACAAAUGCAACGCGAAACCUCCAUCACCGCCAAGGAUGCCUACAUCAUGGAACUCCAGACGGCCAUCACCGAGUGCCAGGCCAAUCUCGAUGAGCUGCAGCGCACGGUGGCGGACAAGACCCGCAAGCCAGGCCCCCAGAAGAUCGCCAAGUUACUGGGCAACGCCCAGUCCUCCACCGAGUUGGUGAAGCAUCUGAGCCAGCUGCUGCUUACCGAGUGCCAGGCCGAUAACCAGGCGGCCCAGGUGGACACCGUUGCAGAGCUCACGUUGCGCUUUGACACACUGCAGUCGCAGUGGAAGGCGCGACAGCAGCACGAUCAGAAUGCAAGGUGCCACCUACCUGCUUCCUACAAGUACAACUGCAUACACGAGGUCGGCCGGCUAACGUGUCCGCUCUGCACGCAGCGUAAUUGGCAGCAGAUCGACAACGAUCUGUGGCGCCUCGAGCAGUGGCUUCAGUUCGCCGAGAGCACCCAGAAAGCCCAAACGUCUCCCCCCUCGAACAUCGAGCUUCUCGAGGAUGUCACCCAGGACCAUCGCGAGUUCCUGCUGGAUCUCGAGAGUCACAAGUCGAUCAUCUCAUCCCUGAAUGUGGUCGGUGACCAUCUGGCCACCCAUACCCUGGACACCGAGAAGGCGCGACAGCUGCGUUCACGGCUGGAGGCUGACAACGAGCGCUGGAACAAUGUGUGCAUCAAUGCCACCAAGUGGCAAGGACUGCUGCAGACCGCUCUGAUGGGCAACAGUGAGUUCCACCAGACCAUUGAUGAGCUGGUGGACUGGCUGCAGCGAACCGAGCAAAACAUCAAGGCUUCGGAGCCCGUUGACCUCACCGAGGAGCGUUCUGUCCUGGAGGCCAAGUUCAAGAAGUUCAAGGACCUGCGUGCCGAACUCGAAAGAUGCGAACCCCGUGUAGUGAGCCUGCAAGAUGCGGCUGAUCAGCUGCUGCGCGCUGUUGAAGGCUCCGAGGAGCAGUCGCAACACACCUACGAGAGAACCCUUUCCAGGUUGACCGAUCUCCGGCUGCGUCUCCAAUCCCUGCGCCGACUGUCUGGAAUCUAUAUCGUCAAACUGGGCGCCGUCCUCGGAUACGAGGGCGAUAACCUUGGCGUCCCCCUGCACCUGUUGUCUAGCGAGCUUUUGGAUAAUACUACAUUAUCAACCUCUUCUAUGCAGGCCGCCGCACCAAACACAGAAAAUGCAAACAACACCGAUGGCGAUGCUGUCGAUGGCGAUGUCAUCAAUACCACGGUUCUGGCGCGCGGUGCUCGCUUCCUAGGCCGCGUUGCCCGUGCCUCCCUGCCCAUUCAGGCUCUCAUGCUGCUGCUUUUAGGUGUGGCCACUCUGGUGCCCCACGGUGAGGACUACACCUGCAUGUUCUCGAACACCUUCGCCCGCAGUCUGGAGCCGAUGUUGUCGUACCCCCACGGACCUCCGCCGACCUAAGUUACCCAAAAAAAAACAAAAAGUAUUCAUAAAAUAUAAUGCCCGAACAAAACCCAUAAGCUGUCGUCGAGUUGCCAUUGGAUUAGUGCAAUGAAUAGAUCAAGAUCAAAGUCAAGAAACCUAACAAGAACGCCUAACUAUAGCGUAGUGUGAGAAGAAAUCCCUUAAUUUCAAAUGCCUUUUUGUAUGCUAAAUUCCUGUAAAAAUCCUCGCACCCAAGUGCGUUUGAAAAAAAAUUUAUAAAUGAAUUGAAAUCGUUGUAAAUUGUAGUUGUAUGUAAUUUUAUAGAGAUUUGAUAGCUAGAGGCAUUGAUGCAACAUGAAAAUCCAAACAAUUUGUAUAUAACCUACUGACAAGACUCGACGAGCCGAACAUGAAACACUCAAACAAAAAUAUAUGAAAAUCAAUAACCUUGUAUGAAAAACUAACGACAAGUAACGAAACCCUUUUGUAAAACGAUAUAUACAUUAUACAUAUAUAUUUGCACAGCAAACAAUUUAUAUAAUCAUAUAUACCCACGUAUAUGAUCCUAAGAAAAAGAAAAAAAAAACAAAAAACAUAUAAAAACCCAACAUUUUGUAUAUAAAGAAAAAAUUAAGCUAAUACGAAAUCAAAGUACGCACACGAAAAUAAAACUCAUAACCGCACGUUACCCUUCGAAAAGAGAACUUGCAGCAGGGGAGUGUGUUCGGGGUCCUGCAAAUUUCGUGGAACAUUUUUGCAGGGCCAGAACACAAAUCCCUGCUGCCAUCAAAUGGCUAUGGACGCGAAUAAAUAGCAACACAAAUCAUGACCCACAUAGACCAAAUGCCUGAAGAUCUAUUGGCUAAUCGAUGACACUUACUGGCUGCUCGCCUUUCUCCCAAUUUCAAGGCGUUGUAGAUCGUAAAAGCCAUUGAUUAACUUUUAGACUCAGGCCCUUAGUGCUACCACUGCCAAAGGAUAGAUCUUCCCCUGGCCAAGCUCUCUCCCACGGCCAGGUGGUAUAAAAGUAACACGUCAAGUGCACCCGCCACAGGUCACUAUGAAACAUUUCGAUCCUAAAACACCAACCCGGCAGCGGUGGCUAGACAUUUCAAGCAUUCCUGAAACUCAUUUCCAAAUUACCCAUAGACAUUGAGCCGUCCUAGCCAUUGAUGUCUAAUCCUCUCCAGAAGCGGCAAGCGUGCGUGCCACGAGCAUUGAACAAAACGAAGCAAGUGUCCUAUGCCGGUGCUAAACCAACCAACAAAUUUUCUAUAUAAAGAAAAAAUGUAAAAUGCGUAUACAAAAAAGAAAUUAAUAUUAUAAAUUAAAAAGAAAAACUCUUGAAAAAAAUCGUAAAAAUGCAAUCUGCAAAUAGAAAAGUGGCUAAAGUCCAUCCAGUAAAGAAACCCAUUUUGUUGUUAAUAUUUUUUGAUAAUCCUAAUUAUAUUUGCCUUAUACUUAUCCAACUUGUUUAUUAAUACUAUUUUUUAUUAUUUAACGCUUGAGCAAUUAUUGAGAAAAUGCAUACAUUUAUUUAUUAGACCUAUACGAUUUAUUACCUAUCUAAUUAAGUUUGAUUUAAAUGUUAAAUUUGUGUAAUUUGCUGCUUCUAUCUGGUUAUAAAAAAUGAAACGUUAUCAAGUUUAUAUAAUUUAUGUAGCAUUUUAAGAUUUCCUUUCUUGUGAACAACUGUACCUUUAUAUGCAUUAUGAUUAUUAAAGAACAAUUUAAAAAUAUUAAA